AUGGGAACCACUUAUGGAAAGAAGGUCAGUGACGCUCAGUUUUGUUUAUCUUUAAAGGUCCAGAGAGAGAUUUUGCUUUUAUUCACCAGCUGAAACAUUCACUCAAACAGUUUGUCAACAUUAAAACUUUUUCUUCAGAGCCUGGAACACACCCUGAUCUGAUCAAUCUGUGGCCUAAAUGUAACACCUGGGCUACAGGUCACAUGAUCAGCUGAUUUAUCAGUAAGUCAACAGAGGGCUGAAAAGUCUGAUAACUGAUUUGAGAUUCCUGAUGUUGUUUGCUUUGGACUUUUUUUUCUCUCUCUGUAUCCAGGAAACUUUGAGUCUUGGACGCUUGGUCGGCAAAUAAACAUUCUUAGACUUUAGACUUUGAGAGUGUUCUAAAUUCUGGGCUGUUUGAUGUAUUGUUUUUAUUAAUCUUUGUUUAAUAGAUAUUUGAGAAACUUUUUAAAUUAGAAAGUAGGUUAAUGCUACUUUACUUACUUACCUAAUACCUACUUUACCUCCUUCGAAGACUACCAUUCAAACUAAGAAUCUGGUUCACGCAACAGCUCAGACAUGUUGUUGUUGUGAGCUAAAUGCUAAAAGCGCCAUGCCAACAUGCUCUCGAUGACAACACAAACAUGCUGCUUUUAAGCUGGUUUAUGUACACCAUGUUCACUCAGUGGGAUUAGCAGGUUUGCAUGCUAGCAUGAGCUAGUAAGCAGUGUAAGUAUUUACAAUAGUACUCUCAGUCGAGAUUUAUUUGUUAUCUGAUUUUUUUUUUUUGUAUUUCGAAUUAUCAAUCAACUUGGUACAAAACAAUAAUUCAGAAUAUUAUUUUGUAUCGAAAAGACUAUCGGAAAAAAAUGAACCUUUGAACUUAUCAGUUAUUAUUUAUUUAUCAUUGCCUAAAAACAAGAACCAACAAAGGUCUCCAGGAAUGGGUGGCUACAUUUUAGGUCCUCGUUUGUUGCUUCGUUUCUUGUGCUAAGCAUUGAAUGUUGUCCUGCAAAAACUUUAUUUUUUGUAAACGCCAACUUCUCGGCCCAUCCCAUCUUGCAAAGCAGUGCCUGCCAAUCUGUUUGUGGUGAGUCUCAGUUUCACUGUAAAUCAUUUCCAGAAAGGCUUAACUUUGGUUCACUACAGCAGUAUGAGACCCCUAAAACACAAGAUAUCUGGGUUGUGUCUUGGCGCCUUUUGCCCUCCAGAGUGACCAUUUAUCUGUACGUGUGACUCGGUUAAACUGUAAACAAAGCAUUGCACAGAGGCUUCACUCUGGCUUACUAUUCAUCAGUUUGUGGUCUUGGGUUUUUACCAUAAAUAGUAAGUUUCAGAAAGGCUUCUAACUGGACAACUAUUUAUCUGUUUUGGUGAGUCUCAGUUUAGGGUCAGGCUAAUAACUAGUAAUUACUCAGAGGCUUCACUCUAGCUUACUUCAGCAGAGAAAUUGAUGCUCUUGUGAUUUUUUCCUUAUUAAUGGGUCUUCAGUUUGCUGAAAUAACAACAUCACGAUUCAGAUUAUUUAGAAAUCAAAAGUCAAGUUUUUUCAGGUCUGUCUUCGAGAGAAGAAAACAACUUUGAAAAUGUUUGUUUGUUGAUUGGAGGUCAGAUCCAUCAUUUCAGAUGCAUUCAGGGAAGUCUGACAAUCUGAACACUGAUUAUCUUCAGUGACUCAGCAUCAAGCACAAUAGUGUCUCAGUGUGGAUGUUUGAUCUAGAACAGAUUUUAAACUGACCCUCAUGUAGAUAUCUGUUUAAAGUGAGAAGGAAAUUAUCCUCAGAUAACCAAUGAUGGAUGCUGAGAGGCCAUUAUGGUGGUCAUCCAUACACAUUGAUGCCAAAGCUUACUGACACUUAAUUGUCAAUACUAGCUGAUCAGACUACUGACAAACUACAAACAAGAAACAGAGCACUACCCAGUCCACUCUGAUAUUCCAGACUUUAGAUUUUACAACAUGUUGAAUCUGUACGGAUUAAAAUCUCUUCUUAGACUUAAAAGGUUUGCACUGCUUGAGAAACAACAGUACAUCUUCUGUUUCUAAUAAUCAGUGCAUCUAGCUGUUAUGAACCUAGUAUUCAAAGCUUACUUUUUACAGCUUGAUAAAAACACUGUCCUCUUACGUAUUCGCAUUUAUAACUGUAGCAAAAUAUUGCAGAAUCACACUUUAUGUUUAUGUUUUGUUACGCACAUUUACAUUUAUAUAUAUUAGUUGUACAUGCAGAUUUUCUAACAGUGUUUGAACUGUAUGUUUAGUACAGCUUGGUAAUGACUUAAUGAUUGGAAUAAGAAUUGUAUUUGUGUAGUUCAGGCUGCUUAGUUUUGAAUGUUGGUAGUAAAUUCACCUGUGAAUGAUAAUUGGUGUGACUGCCACUGACAUCAAAAAAGGAAGACCAGAUCCAUUUUUAUCAUUUGGAUCUUUUGGUUGUACCAUUUAUUUAGAUAUAUUGUUUUGUCUUUUCACCUUUACCUGAACACAGGCCUCUUCCUCGAUUGCUUAAGACCCAAUUUUUAAUCUUAAAUUACUUACCCUGAAGAUACAGGGAACACAAUUUCCAUCAAGACUAUAAAGAGAAAAAAGUUAUAUGACUUAAUGAGGAUAACUUACAACUAUAAAACUGUAAACCAAACUGAAGUUUUCAACUGUAAAGUCAGAUUUUGUAUUUUUGUGAUCAGGUAUUCCCAGGGAUCCCCUUUUGUUGAGAUUUAAUAACUGUUAUUUGAGGGGAUUUGACGAAUCAAUAUUACAGACUAUAUAGACCUGCAUAGAUGUUGUUGUUGUUGUUGUUUGUUUGUUUUUUUUUCUGUUAAAAGAAAAUCUGAACAAAAUGGGUCUGGUUUUGUAUUUAUGCUUUUGUGUUUACAAAAUCAGCCUCAGAAGAAAAAACAUAAAAUGUUGUAGCUUACCAUGAAAUCCACUCACUUUGUGGGACCAGCAGCUUUUAGUGAUGACCUUGGUAGGCGUUUUUUUUUUUUUUUUUUUUUAAUCUCUUAAAAAAAGGGGGACGUCUAUAAUCAGGGUUGUCUUAUUUUUGGUUUGAUAUGGUAUUGUACACCUUGUGAAAUUUUAUUGUAAUAUUUUGACACAGUCCAAAUCAUCCUGAAACUAACAUACAUUUUAUUCUGUUUGAGAACUUCAAGAUUAAUGUAUUACUAGUCUUUACCCAGAGAUGAAUGCACUUAUUGCGAUAAAGUUUCAAAGCAUACACUGAUCAAGUUAUAAUAUUUGACUCAAAAAGGUCAAAGGUCAUCAUUGCUAUGACGUGACAAUGUUCUUCUGUCACACACUGUUAAAUUAUGACUGCAUUUUCUCUUAGUCAACUGAAAAUCUCAUCUUCAUUUGUACAAACUGCAAAUAAAGAUUUUGUAUAAAAUCUUUAUUUGUUAUGAAAUUAAUUCAUCUGUGAAUUCACUUAAGCGUUCUUAUAGCUUUUAGUAACACAAACACUAACUCCCUCUUGAAUGUGGUUGGUAAGAGGCAGAGAGACUUCAGUAUAAAGCCUCUGAAACUCAUAUUAGGGUAUGGUUCUUGGUUAAAUAGGCUUGUGGUCAUUCUGUUUGUGUGUUUCUGUUCUUCAUCACUGAUGGACUCAAAUCUGAGCUCAAAGGAAUGUGAUUCCUCAAACACAUGCUGAGUUUCUGGUUAACCAGCGAAAGGUGACAAAUAUUUGAGCUGUGGGGCACGGCACACCUGUUGUAGCGGGAGUGUUAGGGUGUGUUUGUUGCCAUGGUAACUAACAGCUGACUGUAGGGUUGCAGAGUGAAUGGAUAGAGGUAUCAGACCGGGUCAUAUAGCUGUAAUGUCUGGGUCAGAUUAACUCAUGGGUCUAUUUUUGAUGGAGUGAUUUCUAUCAGCAGCUGGGAAGAGAACGCCCAGAUAUAUUUUCAUUUAAUACUGGAAAUCAGCUGCAGUUAUUUAAAAUACUGCAUAAUCUGAGAGACAGACACUCUUCAGAGCUCAUAUUCAGCGGUGUGUCCAGACCAGAGUUUAAAAAAGACUUCACUUUUCUCCUGCCAGCCAUUUGACUGGUACCACUCCAGAACUCUCGCCAUAUAGAAAAAUGAUCUGACAUAAGCUCUUGAUUAUGUCCAAUAAGAGUGCAUGGGAUACAUGAACAAUGCGAUCCAACAAAUGUAACUUUUGCUGAACUUUGAAUUAGUUCUCAGAAAAUCUAUAAAAUAUAAAACUCCUGUUGACAUCAAAAAUCCGACUUAUUUCUUAUCUGCUGGUGUUUGUGAAUUCCAAUAAGUGGCCAUAAAUCUUUUAAAAAUAGAGUUUUGAACAGUUGUUUUAUGAACGUAUGUACAACCACAAGUGGAACUGCCACAUGAACAACUUUUAUAUCAUCUUGUUUCGUCAUGUUAUUUCAUUAUAUUUUCCCAAUGAUGUAAUUCUUUAGAAUAAUAUUGUGUAUAAUAUGUGAGUCCUCAGAGCUAGAGUCAUUCAGUCAGAUCGCUGGCCCACUCUGGACUAAUUAGAGCUCAAACAGUUUGUGAACUCAUGUUUGAGUAACCGGAUCAGCACUAAGAGAAAAUAGCAGCCAAGUAUUCUCAGCUGCGGUUACGCAACACUGCUCAUUAACAAGAAGAUGAAGAAGAGAAACACGUGACUGUGAAAAUCAAAGUGCUGCAUGCUGACUGAUCCAGGAUCAGCCUGAUGAUGACCUCAGACACCAACAGCAUGCUCAGAUAAAUCAGGUUUGUGUGUUUGUGGUGUUGAUGCGGAUCAUCAGAGGGUUAAAACCGGCUUGCACCAGAGAGGGAGAUUAAGACCAUCAGAGAUAAUCCUGCUGCUAAAAAUACAGAAACAACAUUACAGCCCUCAGUGUGUGUGUGUGUGUGUGCGCGCGUGCGUGUGUGAGCACAAACAAGAUUGUAAUUGAUUUUACUUAGAGUUGUAAUUUCUUCAAUUUUGGUUUUUCAGCAGUUUUAAAGGCCAAUUCAAGUAUUUUUAAACCUAAGCUUUGAUUGCUCCACAAAUCUGCGCUCUAGCUCAUGUAAAAGUUUAAGUGUCCAGUUUCCUGUGUACUGCAAAGACUUAAAUCUGGCCUUGGUGAUAAUGUGUAAUUUCAAGUCACAAUAUCUCUAAUCAUACAUACAAGUACAGGAAUAUUUAGCAAUAUGCUGUGGUCAAAGUCUAGCCUGAAAUGCUCCCUUGCUCACCCCUGCGGUCAGUGAGGUGACGGUUGCCCUUAAGGACAAGCAGCUCCUGUGAUGCAUGUUAAGUUUGAUCUUCAAUUAAUACAAGUCUAUUCGUACAAGUAGGUGAAAUGACAACUGAAUCUUCUGUAGCUGAAAAAAAUACUUGCAGCAAAUGUAGUUACAUGUUGGUUAUCUUCUCCAGAAUCUACCUAAGCUCUAAUCUUGAUAUCACUUGCUUCACAAGCAAUGAAUCCAAGUUAUCUUGGAAAAACAAGCAGUCUGCGCGCCCACAGUGAAGUGGAUAACUGAGCUACAGCUACAGUUACAGCAUGAUUGGAUGAUUUAACUGAACUACUCUUCUAGUUCCAGUUUACAAGCACCAGAUGAUUUAGUGACAGAAGCAUGUCCGCCUCCAGUUGUCCUACCACAUCAUGUUCCAAACCAAUCCAAUAACCCGGUAUCCUACAGCACAUUUAUGCUAUUCAGCCUGACAUGCAAACUGUGGAGCAUGCUCAGAACACUCAGACCAGUUUGAGUCUGACUGAGACGUAAACAUGAAAGAGAAAAACAAUCCCCAUGAUCCAAGUGUGUUUGUCUGACUUUGUGAAAUUCAAUUUAGUGUGAUUUCAGUCACAGUGACAGGGUUGUAUCUAUUAAUUGAUUUUUUUAACAACAUGUAAACACACUGACAGUUAUAUUUUAGUAGCUCAAGGUUCUUCUUGGUAAAAAUUAGAGAUGUCAACAUUUGAUAAAAUAUUGAGUAACUAAUUGUUAAGAACGUACUCAAGCAUUUAUUUAUUUAUUUAUUUAUUUUAGCAUUAGGUGGAGAUAGAUGUGUGGCUUUAUACCAAAGUCAGCCAUCCACAGGGUGUUUUGGAGUUUCAAGUAUGUUUUACUGCUAAUUGGCUGGCUAAAAUAUUGUAUUGUUUUUUGUCUUAGAAAAAAAUCUUGUUUUUUAAAAUCAGUAAUAAAAAAAUUGACAAACUGAGCUUUCAAUCAAACAACAAGCAUUAUGAGAAAUGAGGCAUUCCUGAUGAUGACUAUAUAGAGUCAGCAGUAAAAACUCCUGUGUUUACAACAGGUUGUUUUCCAGACUGCAGCGUGGAAAAGAUUCCGCACAGAGUGUUCCAGCCUCACAAGUGUCAGAGUCGUAAUGCCACUGCAUAUCCAGUAGAGGUCAGACUGCCCUUAGGUCAGUUCUUAUUCCUAACAGGCUGAAAUGAUUCAAGCCGGGACAGAUUUGAGAAAAGUUCAAACUCCCCUGAGGCUAACAGAGCUGACCUAACAUCAGCUGUGAGACAGUCUGUCCAUUAAGAGCAUGAAAACAAUCAAUGCUCAUAUCCUCAGAGCUGCAAAGGUUCAAAACAACAGAGGCCCUCAGUAGACAUUGAUCUAUACACUUUAAACUUGGUGUUCCUUUGUUUUUAUCUCAAAAUCUCAAGGAAACAAUGUUGGACCUCUUAUCAAAGCAUAUUGCAGUAGUAUAUUUAUAAUGUCUCAUUCAUGCAGUAAUCUCAAGAUAACAUCAGUUUUGUUUAGUUUUUUAACUAAAACAAACAUUUUCGGUUGCUUUUUCAGCUAAAGAUAACAAGUUUUCCAAAUAAAAGCAGAACUUUUUGUUGUCUCAAUCUUGACUUUUCUUUUACCCCUUUAUCUCGAGAUGUUGACCAAAUUUUUUUCACUCAAUAAAGUCAGUUUAAUUUUUGUCCUCUGGAUCUCAAUCUUAUUCUCUCAUUAUCUCUAAGUUAGAAUGCUGUUUUACUACUAAACCUAUCCUUUCACCUUUCUUUUCUGUAUCUUAAAGUAACAAUAACGCUGGUUUUCCUUAACUGACAGUUUAAGGCAUUUUUUUCUUUUUUUUUUUGUGUGAUACCCAGGUUUAUUUAUGGCCUAAUAUCACUGUAACAACGCUGUUUUUCAUUUAAACAAUAUUUUCAGUUGUUUUAUCGACAUAUCAAGUUAUAUAUCUCUUUAUCUUAAGAUACGAACCAUGGGUAUUCCUUGAAAAGAAGUCAGUUUUUUGUUUUCUCAUGAUCAUGACUGGUGUAUCUUGUCACCUCAUUAUGAGAAGAUAACAACACUUUUAUGUAAUCAUGAGAUUCUUUUAGGGUUUAUCUCAUGCCUGUAGUCAUCUUUCUACCAUGUGAUAACAAUACUGUUAUUUUACAUAGUUACAGAUAGUUUCUGGGGUUUUUUUGUAAUCUCAAUGUUAACCUUCAAAAUAAAUCUGGUCAUUGUGAAAGACCAGACCAGGACAUGCCAUGCUGCCAUUGCUCACACUUUAGUAUUAGCUAAGCCUUUCUCAAUGUUUGUAUCUCUGGGUAUAUGAGUUAUGAUCAGUUAACUUUACAGUGUUUACCACCUGGAAAAACAGCUGUGAUAUCUCGAGAUAGCAAUUAAAAUAAACAAUGAAAACAACUAUAAAACACUAAUUGCUCUGGGAACAUGGACAUAGUAAUGUUUGGAUAAAUGUCUGGUUAGGGCUUGUACUAUAAAUCAGUUUGUCAUCCAUUUAUUGUAAUUGAUAUGCAGUUUGUUAUGGUUUGAUUUACACCAUGAGAGUGUCGUCAGUCUGAACUUCUAACUUUACUGUUAGCUGUUUUUCUUUUAACCUCCUUGAGACUGACCAUUUUAGGGAGAAAAAAAUACCACUCAUUAAAUUCUUUUCUCAGAUCAGCCUACAUCCAGCAGUAAACAACAUUCAUGUCACCUCCAGAAACCCCCUCCCCAAUCCUUCAGUCCUCUUUGGAGGGGGGGGGGGAUUCGGGGAGACAGUACAGGCCUUGUCACCAUGUUGAAGCCUGAUGAAGUCUCUCCUAGCAACCAACACAAAGUCCAUUCAGUUAGAGAGGAGGCUUUCCAACUGACCUGGAGUCUGAAAGGAGACAAGCGGCUGAGAAACAACCGGAGGGGGGGUGGAAGGAGGAUAAGAAAGAGGAGGAGGAGGAGGGAGGAGGAAGGCUGGAAGGGUUUGGAUCAGAGUGAGAAAACACUUGAAGUUGAAUGUUGUUAAAGGAACAGCUCUGAGUUUGAGAAGUCUGUUUAUCUCUACAAAAAAAGCUUUCUUUGUUUUCAUUUUAUCGCUAAAAGGAAAUGUGUUUGGACAUGACAAUGAUGCUCAUCAGAUUACUUACAAGUAAGAUACUGAUUAAUCUAAAAAUGAAAUGAGAGGACUAUUUCCAGACUUCUUCUGGCGUUUGGAACUGAUUACAGUAAAUUAUUAGAGAAAAGUCUCUAGUGUCACUGAGCUCUUCUAGUAACCCAUUUGUAGGAUCAAAAAAAAUGGAAAACUUCUUACUCCACAGGACAAAAAGCCCCACUUUCUCUGUAUAAACAAGUGGGACAUGGGUUGAACAAAAAAACUGAAAUACACACAAAAUAAAUAUUUCUCAAACAUGGUCUUCAGUUUGUUCAAAAUAGCAACCAUAGUUGAUUCAAUGGACCUUCCACUUGUGGAAGCUGCCAUGUUGGCUGUGUUCAAAUACACAAAAAAAGGGUGCUCCUAUGUCGUCAUCUUACAUAAAAGACUGUGGUUGGUCCAGUUUAUCUGACACUAAGGGAAAACAUUUAUGACAGCAAUUCCCGACCCACAUGCCAAGGAAGAUGACUUUCAGCUGACAACACCAGAUCAUUUAAGGGUAGUUCACUAUUGUGAGGCACAGUGGCAGGAGGUGGAGGCAUGUCAUCCAUCUUUAUGAAUAGCCAAUGGUGGGGACUGGCUCAUACAGGUCUGCCUUUGGGGCCCUAUGGUCGUAGGCACUCCCCUCUGGGGAUGUCCUAAGACACAAACCCAUUCACUCAACUCUGACUCAAACUGAGCUGACACAGGCCUCCUCAGCUCAACCCAACCUGGCCUGAAUCAUCUGAACCUGACUUGACCAAAACAAUCAUGACCUGACAUAACCCUAUCAACAUGACAUCCCUUGACUCAAAGGACUCAUCUUGCUCAUCUUGUCUUGAAUGUACAUAUGUGGCCCAUCUGAGUGACUUGGCUAAAUCUCACUGAACCCAAGAUGAUUUGAUUUGUGGAUCUAACCUUACUCUAUAGAUCUAAAUAACCCUUGACCCGUCUUGAGAUUGCUGCACAGAACAUUAAUCAAAUUAACCUAGUAAGACUUGCCUCUACCAGACUUAAGUUAAUUCCACACAAUCCUAAAAUGACUGGAGUCUUGUUAGGAUGAAUAACCUUGACAAAUACCAGCUGGACUGGAGCUUACAGCACUCAUCACAACUGAACCUCAACCACCAUUAAUUGACUCAGCAAGACUUAACCAGAUUUAACUUGACAUAAUCUAACUUGAACUGACUCAACUGCAUUUGCACCAACAUCUGAGAUUUAACUAAACCUGAACAGCACGAUUCAGUUUGUACUGACCUGGCAUGAUUCAACUUUCAGUAUCGAAUCAUCUCGACCUGGCACUGGUGAUUUGGCAUAACUUGAAUUCUUAUGAACUUACCUUGAUGGCAUGACUUUACUCAACUCAAGCUAACUAUUUCAAGACUCAGCAUUCCAGCAUUAGCUGACUCAGCCUUUACUAACCUUGCACAACUUAGCUUGACCUGACAUGACUUGAAUUGACUUGACCAGUCCUUUAACACUGCAAAAGCCCAUGCCCAUGUCUGUUGUGUUUACUUUAAAUCUGUUUUCAUCAAUUUGGUUGAUGUCUCUUUCACUAAGCUUGCGUAGUAAAACAUUCUUUGCUUUCUUUGUUCCACACUGUUUUUCCAUCUCUUCUACUUUUGUUUUCUGGUGACUAGUUCAAAUACAUUAAAGUAACAUUGAAAUAUCCUCUGUGUUGUUUAAAACUUUAGAUGGCUAACAGAUUUCCACAGUUUUGUCACAGCAUCAAUAGGCUGGGGGAUAUUAUGCUGGAAAGCUCUGGGGUUGAUAACAUUUUGCCAUCAAGACACGCACUCUUGCUAUGGGGAACUGUCAAAUCAAGAUCAAGUAUUUAUAACACACAGAUAGUAAGACCAGACAAAAACUGGUCUAGUCCCAUUGGGGGUUACAAAAGUGUGAAGGCUCAAGAAGCCUUACCAGCACAGUGUUAUAUAAUAAAAUACAACAAAACUACAAAAAGUCAGCAGAGCUUCUGCUCCUGAACAUCUUCCUGACUGCUCUUUUUUUCUUUUUCAGAAGGCGUACAGCAUCGACCACGAGCCUCCUCCAAAGCAGCAGUAUGUGAAAAAUGGAAAGCACCCAAACGGCAAAGGUUAGUUUGUCCCUCUCAGGUUACUGUUAGACUCAGGGAACAAUAGUACACUCUGGGAGGCCAGUCUGACCUGUUAAUGGUCGCUGACUGCUCUCUCACUGAGGCCCAGGCUGUAAUGGGUCUGCUGAGGAGGUUAUGACCCACCAGUUGCUUCCUGAGUCUUUAAAAAGGUUUACUGCUGUCUGCUACAACUACAAUGUGAGGAUAAUUCAGGCAGUAGAAUUACUUUAAACACACUAAGUGGUAUAAUUUCACCCAUUCUCUAAAAUGUGUCUUUAAUAUAUUUCAAUGAACCUGAUAUCACUGGCAAAUGUAAAAUACUGACACAGAUUUUGAUGGUUUGCAGAUCAAGAAAGCCAAUAUUUAACUGAUAUUGUUACAAAGAGUACAUGUGAAAUUUUGAAACUAAAGAAUUGUAUCGCUCUAUAUGAAAUAUAUCUGUUUGUUUUAAAUUCAAUGCUAGUAAUACAUUUCCAAACAGGGUCAUUAUGCUUCAUUAGCUCAUCUUUUACCAACACUUCUUAAACGUUACUGAACUCUGCAGACCAAUUUCUGGGAUUUGAAAAGUGAAAUGUUGUCCCAUUGUUGCCUGAUAAAGGAUUUCAGCUGCCCAACAGUUUUGGGUCUCCUUUGUCUUAUUUUUGUGUCAUGAUGUUCCAAAUGUGUUUAAUGGGUGACAAAUCAGGACUGCAAAUAGGCCAGUUCUGCAGCAGGACUCCGCUACUACAGAGCCAUGCUGUCGUAAUCCCUGCAGAAUGUGGUUUUUCAUUGUCUUGCUGAAAUAUGAAGGUCUUCCCUGAAAAAGUCAUUGUCUGGAUGGCAGCAGAUGUUGCUCCCAAACCUGUUUAUAUAGUUCAGCAUUAAUGUAGCCUUCACAGAUGUGGAAGUUACCCUUACCAUGGACACUUACAAUCUAUGAUCUAUGAUGUAUCACUUAUGAUACCAUCAGAGAUGCUUGUGAACUGUGAACUGAUAAUGAGCUGGGUGGUCCUUAUACUCUUUAGAGUGUCGGAUGCAGGGUCCUUGAUUUCAAAAAGAAUGUCAAAUUUUGAUUUGCCAAACCACUGGGCAGUUUUCCUUUUCCCCUCAGUUCAUCUUUAAUGAACUCAGGUCCAGAGAAGUCUCUGAUGUUUCUGGAUCAUGCUUGUUUAUAGUUUCCCCUUUGCAUUGUUCAGUAAACCUGCAUUUGUGGAUGCAAUAAUGAACUGUGUUCACAGUCAGUGGUUUUUGAAGGUGAUUUUGAGCGCAUGCAGUGAUUUCCACUACAGAGUCCCAUCUGUUUUUAAUGAAGUGCUGCUUGAGGGCCUGAAGAUCAGGACCAUCCAAUGCUGGUUUUGGUCCUUGUUUCUGUUGUACAGAGCUUUCUCCAGAUUCUCUGAAUUUUUUUCAUGAUAUUAUUUUUUGUAGAUGAUCAAAUCCACUCUUUCUUUGAUAUUCUAUACUCAGGAACUUAAUUCUGAAACCGUUGAACUAUUAGCUCACACAGUCUCUCACAGAGUGGUGAAGCUCUUUCCAUCCUUCCUCCUGGGAGACUCAGCCUCUCUGAAUGUCUUUUUUAUACCCAGUCAUGUUAAUGAAAUGUUGUAAAUAAGUCUCGUUAGUUUGGAGAUGUUCCUCCAGCUGUUUAUUUUAGCAUUACACAACUUUUGACCUGUUUGCUUGUUUGGCUGUCCCUCUAAGUACUUUUUAGAAACAUGUUACAGACAUCAAAUUCAAAAUGAAGAUGUUUUUGUCAUGAAACUAUAAAAAUGUCAGUUUUAACAUUUAAUAUUUGAUUUGCACUAUUUUCACUGAAGUACAUAUUUUUUUUCUUAUCACUGUGGUUGUGAGAAAAAAAAAUCCAAGUAUGUAUUAAGUGUUUGGUGUUGUGAGGGGUGUGAAAUGUGGCAGCAGUGUGCCUGAGUUUAAAACAAUUACUUGGUCAAGAUGCAAAUGGUACAAAUUUGCAUGACUGGUGUUACCUUGUUGUCAUCUUGUGCAUUGCUUGGCCAGAGUUGCAAAUACCCUCGUCUUUGCAUUGACCUGCUCUGACAUAAUACAGUUUUAGCUUUUAUACUGUAUCAUGUUUAGGUAUCUAGCUUUGUGUUUCCAUGUGCAAAACAAGAAUGAAAUUUGAUUAGAGCAAAAAAGCUUUCCUGAUCAUGAUCCCUGUUGAAUUUAGCCCAACCAUUAGACAAGGUCAACACUGCUCUUUUAGACUCUUAGGAUUGUUCUCAGAUUUUAUCUCAAACACCUGAAACCUGAGGGAGUAGAAAAUGGAGUGAAGCAGCGUGGGAAAGGGUGAGAGCAAGUCAGCAAGAUGUUACUUCACAGAGAGGAGGAGGAGGAGGAGGAGGAGGAGGAGCUUGCAAGGAAGCAGGGAAACGCUGUCAGGGUCAUGUGACUGUUGUUUUACUCGGCAUGAUUCAGUCGGGAGGAGAGGAGCGCUUGUACAGGGAGUAUGAAGGUUCACACAGACUGAAACGCAUGUGGAUCAGCCCAGAACUGGACCAGAUGGAUCGGAUCAGAAACCCAGAACAGUUUACCACAGGCAGGGAGGGGAUGGUGAAGUCUGGUAAGACACAGAGAGGGACUGACUGUGAUCCUCUUUAUGCUUUUUGUAUCUUUUUAUGCAGAUUUGUGCAAACAAAAACCAUCAGACUCUGAUGCAUUAGAUACUGCUGCACUGUUUGGUGUUGUUGUUUAAAUCCUGUUUUAGUUUUAUCAUCUCAAACAACAAGGAUAAUCAGCACUUUAACAACCUUCUGCUGUGCAGAUUACUUGGUGAACUCUCAAACAAACUGAUAAUACCAAGUAAACAAAUAGUCAACAGGUCAAUUACUUUCUUCAUCACUAUUUUUAACAGAUUAUUAAAAGAUUUUUAAAGUUUGACUACUUGCAAAACACAUUUCACAUGCAGUCCUUUAUUUGUGUUCCAUGUUUUUGUAGGUAAAGGUUUUGAUUUUGCAUUUUUUAGAGGAAAAAAAGCUGAGCGUUGUCAAAUUAAACUAAAAUUAAAAGAUCCCCAAUCAUUUUUUAAAAACAAAAUGUCUGAUAUCUAAAAGCUGAAAUAGACAUUUUUAGCCUGAAACAGUUGUGUAAAAAGGUCUCAUUGCAACUAUGAAAAAUAAGUCUUAUCAAUGAAUGAAAUGUUAAAAAUAAAGCUGUGAAGAUUAGGACUAGUUCCACUUUGGAGACACUUUUUCAGAAACUGAACCAACGCUCAGUGUACUUGUGUAAAGAACUGUCAGCGAUUUGAAUUGAUUUUUUUUUUUUUUUUCCUAAAAAGCAUAAAGUCCUUUUCUCUGCUGAUGAUGUUUCUUUGAGAUUGUGCUUCAUCAUUUCUUAUGCCUUUCUGUAAUAAUUGCGAUCCUGAGUCAUGUGCUGGAGAGCAGCGGGUGUUAACUGUUCAUAAAAGCAGUGUGAUGUUGGUGUGGACUGGCCGAGUGUAGGAUGAUGAUGGUGAUGAAGAUGAAGUCAGUGUUGGCAGCAAAGACUGAUUUGAGUGGGAGGGUGAUCAACAUACUCUACAGAGAUUCUUAUAUAAUAAGAGUUUUAGAUGUCUUGUUAGAGAAAGUGUAGGAAUGAGGAAUCAAGAAUACUUGACGUUUCAGUCGUGCUUUUGUCCAGUAUUCAUUUUGUCUUUGACUCAUGUUUCAAAUGGUUUCAAAUUUAUUGGCAGAUAAUUAAUAGGCCCUAAUCUUGGUAUGGUUGGUUUUUGUCCACGUAAUUGUCCUGAUUUGUACCUGUAUUUUUUGUGUUUUAAUUCAAGUCUUGUCUAGUAUUCUCCCUUACAUUAUUUUGGUUUCAUGGGUGAUCUCUGUUAGUUUAUUUGUAGAUUAAUGCUGUAAUUAUAUUCAUUUCAGCCUUGGUUUGAUGAAGUGUCUAUCUAGUGUUUUGGCUUCAGUUUGAUCUUGUAAUGUGUCAUAUUUUGGUCCUAGUUUGAUCCAACAUUCUCUGGUCUUUCAGUCUUGGCUUGGACAGUUUUGGUUCAGCUUUGGUUUACCAGUCUCUCUCUGUUGGGCCUUGGUUAACCCUAAACUUUUUUGGUGACUGGGUUUAUCAAAAUAGUCUUUGGUGUAGCAUUGGUCUGGUUCUGUAGUGCCCAUGCUGUUGUUUUGAUUGGGUCCUUACUCUUAUGCACUUCUAGUCUUAUCCAGUAUUCUCACUUCAUUUAAUCUUGCAUGUUCUGUUAGUUAAUAAUAGUUUGAUGCAGUGCUCGCCUUUGUUUUAGCCUCGGUCUGAUGGAGACUAUUUCUGGUGCUUUGCCACUGGUCUGGUACUGUCUUCAGUUUUGGUCAACAAGCCUCUGCUGAUUAAGCCCUGGUUUGGUUUAAUGUUUUUUGGCAUCUUGGUUUGGUUAAAUGUUCUCCAGUUUAGACUUAGUUUGGUGUAUGACUAAAGAAUUUGACAAUCUCCCAGUAAAGUCUAUCUAUCUAUCUAUCUAUCUAUCUAUCUAUCUAUCUAUCUAUCUAUCUAUCUAUCUAUCUAUCUAUCUAUCUAUCUAUCUAUCUAUCUAUCUAUCUAUCUAUCUAUCAAGUGGUUUCUUUCUUGGUUGGUUCUGUAUUUGAUGAUUUGAGCCAUGGUUUGUUGCUGACAUGUUUUUGUUGCCUGAGCCUUGAUUUGGUUCAGUGUUCUCCAGUGCUUUAGUCCUUGUUUGAUCCAAUCCUCUCUAGUAUCAUGGCUUGGUUAAAUACAAUAUUCUCUGGUGUUCAGUCCUUGUUUGGUCCUGUCCUGAUUUAGUCUUGGUUUCUCCUUUUUUUUUUUGCCCUGACACAGCUGUUCUGGCAUUAAAUACCUGUUUUUUGUCUUUAUUUGGUCUCGUACUGGCUGAUGACUAAGAUCUGGAUCAGUAGAAUAUUUUAUUUUACCUAUCCAUGGAUUUUGUCUCAUUUUCUUGUUGCAGUUUGGUGAAAUAACCAACAUGUACAACUGGUCUGGUAUUUGACGUUGGGGUCCUAUCUGCUCCAAGCUUGUUUGGUCCAGUGUUAAGUUUAGCUAAGUUUUACUUCUAGUUUGGUUAGACUCUCUAGUGUUGUAGUCCCAAUUACAUUCUAGUGAUUCAAUCUUAUGUGGUUCAGUCUUCAAGAGUUGAGUUGAGCCCCAUUCUGAUCAACUCUUUCCUGAGGUUACAGGAAAGAGUUUGACUUUCUCUAGUGAUAUGAUUCUGAUUUGGUCCAACCUUCUCUGUUGCUUUGUCCUGAUUUAGUCCAGUAUUUUCUGUUUUACUUGGUCCAUGCCAAACCAAAUGUAAACCAGUGUUUAAGGUUUAGAUUGGUCCAAUUUCGUUUUUCUUUAGUUUAUUGGCUUCUGUUGUUCCAGUCUCAGUGUAUACCAAUAUAUUAUUUUUUUCCAGCUCUGGUUUGGUCAAAUUUCUCUUUUUUUCGCUUUGGGUUGUUCAGCUAUAGCCCAGGAGUUAAGUCUUGAAAUAAUCAAAUGCUCCCUAGUAUUUUACCAUGGAUAAGUCUGGUAUCCCCUCAUAUUUUAGAGAUAACUGGUCCAUUAUGCUCUGCUGUCUCAGCUCUGGUUUGGUCAAAUCCUCUGGACUAUCAAUCUGGUCUCAAUCUUAUAUUUUCUGAUUAUUUAGCCUUAAACUGGUCAUAAAUUAUCCUGAAAAAAGUAAAAAUUUUGUAAAAUUUUCCAUGAUCUACAAGUGCUGCAUUGGUUCAGUACUCUCUGCUGUUUUAGACCUGCUCAUGUUUUAGUGUUGUUUGUAAAGGUAUUCUGACAGUCAUACGAAGGUCCAGUUUCUCUAAAAUUAUAUGUUUUGCCUUGUCAUGUUAUCUCAUGUUUAUAAUCUGAUCAGGUCAAAUAUAUUAUGGUGUUUAAGUCAAGUUAAGUUCAGUAUUUUAGACUGUUUAAGUCCAGCUUGAUUCAGUAUUUCAGGUAAUUUAUGUCCAGUUUGGUAUUUCAGUACUUCAAGGUAUUUGAGUCUAGAUUGGACUUAUACUUCUGGGUGAGUCCAGCCUGGUCCAGUACCUCAGUGUGUCUGGGUCAGGUUUGGUCCAGUAUUUCAGGGUGUUUGAGUAAUGGGUUUAUCCAAUAGCUUUUGGUCCUGGUCCAGUUCAUUGUGCAGGGAUGCUGAAGGAUACUUUAAGGAAUCUCAGACUUCUCUUAAAGUGAAUGUGCAGAAACCUUGAAGACAUCCAAAUAGAGGAGGGUUUUUGUCAGAGAAAAAUUGAGCCAUGGAUUGACUCAUUUUAUGUUUGAAAACAUCUUUUGGAUGAUUCUGACUUCAGCAACAUUUAGAUGAGAUUCUGGCAGAGAAUUUUCAAGAACAGAAAAAAUCUGCGAUUUUGUGACACAAAAAUGGCAGGUUUGAUAGGAUCUUAGCUCCAUUAUGGUCCAAUGUUCUGCAGUGCUCUUGGCUUGUUUUUUAACACUUAAACAAACAGGAUGGAUCUUCAGGUGCUGAUCGAUAGCUGCACAGUUUCCACAUCCCACCACUUUACGUGUUGCAACAGGUCAGUAAGUGACCUGAGUGUUUAUGUAAGAGGGAAUCAGACUUUAACCUGGUGUGUUUGAACAGUUAUCACAUCUGUUUGAGUGUCUUUACUGACAAAUGAAUCAAUUUUGUUCAACUUUGCAACCAUUUCAAAGUGUUGUUUUGUAAUUGUUGUCCUGGCCCAACUGUCACUUAAAGACCCACUCCAAUGAAUAUCAUGUUUUUAUAGUUUUUUUUUUUCAUAUAUGUUCAUAUGGCAUUUUCUGAUGCUAAAGGACAUAUCACGAGAAAAAUACGUGCAAAAUUCCAUUUCUGAGUAUUUCUGCAUUCAAAUCACUGUGAAUCUCUGGCAGAUCCAAACGGCAUGCUCAGACAAAGUGAGAUUUCCUACGUCACAAAUCCAAGCACCGACCCCUGAGCCCCACUAUGCAGGCCAGAGAAAUAGAGGGGACAAUUAGCUUAACAAGUGUGUGCAGUAGCAGAUUACAACGCUCAUCAGAAAGCUAAUUAUGAUAUUAGCUUUCAUUAUGUCCCUAUAGACAUUAGUGUCUUAGAGCUAAAUAUCUCCUAAGUUACCUGCUCCUUCUACUACAUCGGCAAUGUUAGGCUGCAAGCUAGAGUGGAGAGGAGUGUGCAGAGCAGCACUGUCUCCGCCUGACUCAGAGGCGAAUUGCUAAUGAGCUACUGGAGCUCUGCAGAAGAAAAGCCCUUAAAAAUGACACAGGUAACAUGAUUUUGGCUAAAAACUUCAAAAUCACACUUAAAAGACCACUGAUAACCUUUAAAUAAAUAGUAAAAAAAAAAAAAAAAGUAUCAGAGUUGAAAUGCUUAGUAGUCAAGUUGGGGGAUUGUAUUCAUUAAUAUAACUGUCAAUACCAUCAUCAAUAUGGAAACCAUUGAGUCAAACCAGAGGAUACAGAGAGAAUAUUCGUCACUUCCAAGUCUUUAAAAGGCUUUUAGGUAUCACAUGAUUUGACCUUAUCCUUGGAGCUGAUUUGAACUGAUUCGAUCUCUACAGCGUGAUUUAAUUUCAGGAUGGAUGAAUUAAAGAGAAAAGACAUUAUCUACUGAUGUUACUGAGUAACAUGAUCACAUUUCCUCAAGGCUGAGGUGGAGUCAGACAGUCUUCCUCUCACACUUAUCAGACUGAGGCAGAAACACAGGUUCUGGUUGUAACCAGAUAACAGGCUCUCUCUGAGCCAUCGAUGAACUACAGAGAGGCCUCAGUUUGCACGUCCUGUUUCCAAUCAAUAUGAAACCACAGAAUAUCUCAAAGUCCAUAAAGACUUCCUGCAGAAAGCUCUGAUGUUCUCCGAUUAAAUCUAGUUAAAAGUAACAGAUUUGAUUCAAAUGAAGUAACUCAGAGCAGUACCAAAAGCAAAGCAACUUUCACAUUCAGAGUUGAUGCUAAAAUAUCAACAAAAGCAGACUUAUUCCAGCAAACAUGGACAGCAUACAUCAUAAAUAAUAAAAUCAUUUAGAUUUACUGCAAGCUAAGAUUUUGAGCCUGAGCAAAAAUGUAUUUUGUUGCUAUGUGCUGACCUAGCAACAACCCUUAGUAUGCACAAAUGAAGCCACAGCAUAAGUGCAAAAAGUUCCUCAAAUGAUCGCUUGAGGCUCGUUCCAAAAGCCCUGGGAAAGCACUGGAUCCCAUUUUAAAAUGCCAGUUUUACAACCAAAAUACAUAUGUUUACGGCCUGGUACAAAAAAAGACCUGCAAACCUUAUUUCUCUCAUCAUAAACCCUAAGCAGGGGUGAAUUUCACAAUCCAUUUGAUUGAGGACAGUAAGGCUACGAGUUUUGCGUCAAUACACAUAACUAGGGGUAGCAGAAGCUCAGGAGGUAGAGUGGCCGUCCAAUAACCGGAAGGUUGGCAGUUCAAUUCCCCCCAUAUCCUGUUUGUUGUGUCCUUGGGCAAGACACUUAACCCACCUUGCUUCCAGUGUGUGUCCUCCACUGGUGUAUGAUUGUGAGUGUUGUGUGGUGGUGGUCUGAGAGGCUGUAAGCACAAACUGACAGCCACGUUUCCGUCAGUCUGCCCAAGGGGCAGCUGUGACUACUAAGGUAGUUUACCACCACCAAGGUGUGACUGUGUGAGCAAAUGAAUGAUGUAGCCAAUGUGAAGUGCUUUGAGGGUCUCUGGUGGAGCACUAUAUGAAAUUUGAUGCAUUAUUAUUAGUAUUAGGCGCAUGCUUGACAGCACUGAAAGGCUGGCAUGUUAUAUCUGUUGGUAAGGAGGCUAAUAGUCAGUUUCAACUCUGGCAAGGUUGACUGAAAUAUUAGUUGGCUCAGCUUUGGCAAUAUAGUGACCACCUUCAAUAAGCUUCAAACUUCAAAACCAAUGGAAUUCAUCACUUAUACCUCAAACGUACUCACUAAUUACUCACUUAUGGCAUAAUCAUCUAUUUAAAAAUAGAAAUUUAAAAGUUGUUUUGUCGUCAUCUUGCAAGCAGACCUCUCAUAUUAUGAACUCAGCCAUUUAAAAAUCUGCAUCAUGAUGCAGUUAUUUUAGCAUCUGUUCAGCUUGUUUAUCAGCAAAAAACUACACCAAAAGUUCUUUAUUUUGGGACCAUGGGGUUGUUGUAACACAAAUUUCAGUAGACUACAGAAUAACCUCCUGGAUAAGUUAAAGUGUGACACAGACAGACAGUACAACUGUGAGACAAAGACUGCAGGGACUCGGACUAAGAGAAACUGGGGCUCAGCAGGACAGGAGGAGACACAGUGAAACUGAGACAGCAGAUGAAGACAGAGAACCAGAGAAUCUGAGAGUCGUUAGAGAAAAAGAGAAAAUAGGUGUGGGACUUAUUAGAAGUAACUAAAGAUACUGUAAAACUUGGACCCAACAAAGACAGGUGGACAGGUGCUUAACAGCUAAAACUGAAUGCCUGUAGUUGGUAUCAGAUCCAAACCUGGAUCUGAUUCUAGCUUACUGGUCAUCAAACUGAGCACUGGCCAGCCUGAAGAAGCUAAAUCAACAACAAAAUUCAUCCUGACACAGUUUACGAAAGGAAAUGGAACAAAAAUUCAGCUGAGAGAGUCCAAGUGAUGAUAUGAACAGAGACAGGAUAGAGUUUCGCUUUUCAAUAGAGGCUAACUUUUGCAGGUUGUCCUUAAAAAUGCAAAGAUACUAAAUGUUUUCUUCUUGACCAAAACCCCCAGAGUAUCAGAUUACAAAUUAACAAUAAGCAUUUAUGUAUUUUAUUAUGUUGAAUUUGCUGAUAAAAAUGGUCAUUGUUCCACCACAUCCAACUGCUACCAGCACAGUAAGAGGCAGGGGCAGCUGUCUUCAGUCUGUUUUUCAUGGAUUAUUAAUGCCAUUUGAAGUGAAAAUCUGAGACAUUCAGAAAGUGAAACCAGAGAAUGAUCAGAGGGUUUUACUUCUGACUCAUCAAUUAUUGAUCACCAAAAUAUCGGCCAGAGAUUUUGAGUCAAUCAUCUGUCAGAUACUUAAGUGUGUGUGGUGUGACAUAGUGCAGCUCUUCCUGUAUUUGCCUUAUAUUUUUCACUUUAUGUUUUAUUACUUUGAAAGCCAACUGUAAUCUAACCGACUAUAAUCGAGGGAUUCAUUCUGAUCAGAUCACGCUUGAUAUUAUUCCAUUACAGUUUUCCUCUUGACAGCUUACCACAACUAUAUGACCCCAAAUUAAAGUGAUCUGACUGAUUUAAUGGCAAUAACAAUGUGAAAAGAAUGCCGAAAUAACUAAACAAUGCUGAUUCAUUUAAAUUCUGAAUUCAGGAUUUGUCAGGUCUGUUCUGUCCCAACUACACAAGUGAACAACUUCAAAUGCUUUUUUUUCUAAAUCAAGUUCUGAUCAGAGGUAUCCAAUAUUAACAUUGGAGCUGUUUUGUCAACAUUCGUAAUAACUGAUAAAUAUUUUCAGAACUUACCAAUGAGUCAUGAUUUCCUCUCCAAACAAUUGUUGGUUUUGUCUCCACACGGAUAGGAUGAAGUAUCUUUUGCUGCUGAAAAUUAAAGUGUACAAUUUAGUCAAAAUCCUGGUAUCCCCGUCAAAUACCUGUAAAUCUAUGAAAAAAGAAAGGAAAAAAAAAAAAUGAACAAGUUUACUGAUAUUUUUUUUUUUUUACAUUUUUUUACUUCAAAAUGCAUUUUUGCUGAAUUUCAUAAAUGUCAACAUUGUAUACUUUCAAACUGCAUCCGAUAUCACUAUUGGUAUCACACUAUAAAAAGCACAUUUCAGUCUAUUUAGCUCUCUUUUUAUUUUGUUACUGUAAACAGGAGCAACCCCAUGCAUGCAAUAAUGUCUUUCCAACAUCAAAGUCUUCAACCAGCCACUGAGCCAUCACACUAGAUACUUACAAGACUUACAUCAGAAAUCCAUCUGUCUGUGGUCAAUCUUCAGUCACUGAUGUUGUUGUGGAUCAGACAGUGAAUGUGUGCACAGAUCUUCCUCAUACAGAGAAGGUCAAGAAGAGUCUGCAAAUAAGUAAAGAAAAAUUGAUCACAGACAUCGCCAGCUGUUGAAAAUAUGGCUCAAAAAGUGCCAUAAUUUUUUUGUAGUAUAUUAUUUAAAGUUUGGGUUGUCCCUGAUAAACAUUUUCAAAAAUGUCUUCAAAAAUGUCUGUAGAAUCAGCACAACACACCAUUUCUCUGCUGCUUCCUAUGUCUACCAUCCUCCUCAUGAUGAUGACUUUAAGGUGGCCUAGAUGAUUCCUUGUGUUACAGCUUAAGGACUUUUUUCUUCCUCUCUGAAUAGUUGCAGCUCAUGUUUGGCAGCUUGCAAUAAUGCUCCCCUCCUCUAAGUAGUGAAAAACAUCCACACUGGUGAUGCAAUUUUUACUUGACUGUUAGCUUGUUGCAGCUGCACUUGGUCUUCUCUAUGAGUGACAAUAUCUCAUGUCGUGUCAUCGAUAGUUUUAUAUGUGCAGAACCAAAAAACAAAUGAAAGCAACUUCAACUACAGUAAGAGUCUGUGAGUUGGAACUGCAGUUUCAGGACUGCAACCCUGGGAGCUUUCUGUUUCUGUAACAGGGUUGGAUUGAAGCACCAAGAACAGAAGUUCUGGGCGCCAGUGGCCUAGCAGUCUUUGCACCUCAUGUUUAUAGACUAUGACCCUUUGCUGCAUGUCUUCCCCCGCUAACUACUCCCCACAUUUCCUGUCUCUUUUCAGCUGACCCAUCAAAUAAAGGUAAAGAUGCCCCCAAAAAACUACCUAAAAAAGGUAGUCCUUGGCAACCACCAGAAAGUCAGUCUUGAAUCAGCAGUUUCCUGAUUUGCAGACAUGUGUUACUUUCUUUUUUUGACAGAUAAAAUCAUGAAAGAACAAAAAACAACAAUCAAACAAUCCAUUUGGGAUGUUAUUGACCUUACUUUAGGCAUGAAGGGUUAUUGUAUGCACUGAGAUUUUAUGUUAGUGGUUCAAAAUGCUGCAGCUAAGCUCCUGACAAAAAUCAUCAAACUGUCACAUGUCACACCCAUCCUCAAGUCUUUGCACUAGCUCCCCAUUCAAUCGAGAAUCCAAUUUAAAUUACUUGUGAUUGUGUACAAAGCUUUGCAUGAACAAGCUUCAGCUUACGUAAGAGACCUACCAAAGCCGUAUAACUUCAGCAGGACUCUAAGGUCCUCUGUUUGGGGUUUGCUGGUUGUCCCUCAGACCAGACCAAAGGAGACUGUGUAUCUCUGUUGUUUUCUCCAAAACUUUGGAACUGUCUCCCUCUUGAACUGAGAACUGUGAACACCGUGGAAUCUUUUAAGAGCGGUUGACAACCCACUUGUUUAGACUUGCCUAGACUAGAGUGCUAGUGUGCCAUUUUUUUAUGUUUAUGUCUUGUUGUGUUAUCCUUUUUAAAAGAUGACUGUGAAGCACUUUGUGACAACUGUUCUUGAGAGGUGCUGUAUACAAAAUACAAAAAAUACAGUUUAUUAUUAUGUUAUUACCAGUGAAGGUAUGCUUUCUCACUUCAUUUUAAAAAAAAACAUUCACCUGUGUGAUCAAAUUUGAUAAGAUAAAACAUUUUUGUGUUAAGUCACCAGUAUGCUGGCUUAUUUCCACAUGUCAGAAAAGCUGUGGGAAUCUCAACUCUGACAAGUUUGCACAUCAAUCAUGUCAUUCUAUGCAAAUUUAUAAUCAACCACGUCUUUGCAUGAACUUGUACCUGUAACAUGAAGAACCAGUUCCACCUGGUCUGAAGACACUGUAUUGCAGAAAUCUGCUUUUCUGGUUUGGACUGUGAAUCAGAUUUUGAAAAUCUCUGCAGUCAGGCUCAACAUCAGGAGGAAACCCUGUCAGCCACAGCAAUGGAGGCUGUUGAAGCAGACGUCCAAAGACUUACGGCCUUUUUACACUUCCUGUCCAUCCGUUUCUUCCUCAACAUCCAGCGCACAUUUCAUUUUUGUGAAAUAUGAAGCAGCAGCAUGUCAUGUCGGUCUCUGGUUGCACUCCAGAAAGAGGUCAUUGUGUGGAGUGAACUGUAUGACAUCUGAUCUCUGACUCCCAGAAUAUCUAAGGACUCGGAUCAGAUGCCUGUUAAUCUGUCCUUUCUUCUGCGAACAAACAGGAACUGUGGACAGUAAGACUGUGAAACCUGAAAAAGACAGACAAACCCAGCUUUAUUCUGACAAAUACCAUCAUGAAACCCCUGAAGUCCCUGAAAAAUUGAUUAAGCAGUUACAUUUUAUCCAGAGAGUAAUAAAACAUAGCAAAACUACAUCAGGAUAGCAGGUCUACACUGUACUGAUAGUUACUCUGUAAAAGAAACAUAAAACCAAUCAUGAACCAGAAAAACUUCCUUCCACAGGCAGAAACCAUAAACAGAGCCAGAAUAGCUGGUGAGAAGCCAUCUGCCUCAUCAUGGUAAUGAAAUUCCUGAUUUUAAAUGUGCGUUAUCUCAAAGUUUAGGUCAUUGUGUCUCUGUUUCUGUGACUGCAGCCUCAGCGUAUGCAAACCUUCAGCAGCAUCGACCUGAAGGCAGGAGGCCAUCUCCAGUGUCCGGCUAUGUCCCCCAGCCCGACUACCUAGAGGGAGAUGAAGACCAAGACCUUAUCAAACCCAAGAAACUGGUGAAUCCUGUCAAAGCCUCCAAGAGUCACCAGGAGCUUCACCGAGAGCUGAUGAGCAGCUGUAAACGGUAACAGCUGUGCAAUAGUUUUUUUCAGUAUUGAUGUCUUUGGUAAUAAAAACAACAACAAUCUGUCUAGGUUUGCAGUGAGUGAUGACUGCAACAAGUGAGACCUUUUUGAAACAGUUUCUUUCUUUCUUUCUUUCCAUCAAUGUUUUUCUUUUUCAAGGCAAUAUUCGUUUCUGCUCACCGACAAAAUACAUCAGUAAACAGACAGGUUUAGUAACAUUAAUGCACACUGACAUGUUUGGAGACAGUUAACUAAGAACUCUAAAUUUCAAAGCAGAGGAUUCAGAGAGCGUUUAAAUUUAGCAUAUUUUAUUUUGUUGGUUCCUGUAGAAAUACCAAGGAUCAAAAACUGCAAGUAAACUCCUGUAGUCAAUCAAGAAUACUAAUCAAAAAAUAAUCCUGAUUAUGAUUUGUGCCAUAACUGAACAGCCCAACUGCAGACACAGCAGAGCUCUCCAAGAAAGUGCACAGUUGGAAGUUGGACAGUUUGGACCUCAGCUGUUGAAAGGAACAAUAAGAUCUCUCCAAAGAAAGUUGUUUUUCUUUGUGUCUUUUUCACAAACUUUAUAAAUAAAUCUUUAGUGUUAAUUCUUCAAACUGCAAAGCUUGUUUUGAUAUAUUUUUUUAAAUCAUACUAAUUCAAAAUGCCUUUUCUAUGCUGAAGUUUUUGUUAAUAAUUGAUUUAUGGAUGAAGAGAGUAUGAAAACAGAUGAGUUUUCAUUGUCAUUAUUAGUUUAUGAAUUUAUGUAGGAUUCACAAUUGUAGGUUAUUUUUAUAUUCUGAGCACAGUGGACAGAAUGGUUCAGGAAGUUGCAGAUCACCUGAGGGAACAUCAUCAUUUCACAGUCAAAGAUCUGGUGAACUUUUAAGGACUUGAGAGGAAUCUUGAUAACAGCCAUCUUAUGAGGUCAGGAAUCCCCAAAUUCUUGAUUUCAGAAAUCUCCUGAAUUCUGCAUUUUAAACGGACAUUUCUAACAUUGAAAGUUUUUGAAAGCAAACAAUAACAGGUGAGAUAAACCUUAAAACUGCACACAGAGCUCAUAUAGUUCUGCUGUGUCUGCAGAAUAGUUCUCUUGUUAUAUGAUCCUCAGAAUGAUGGUUGGCAAUCUUAUUAAUACAGUUUUAUUAGAGAAGUUCCCUUUAACAUCCCUAAACAGAGUCAACACCAGCCGAAGGGCUGUCAAAAAACACUCAACAAAUAUUUUGAAAGUCUACUCACAAGAUCACUAUAGGCCUUCGUAAAUUAAUUUCUGUCCUUGAAAUUAUUUAUUUUGAACCUUAAGGUAAUCAUGAAUUGACAUAAUUAUUUAUUUUUAUCUGUAAGUUUUUAAACAGUUUGACAACCGCAAAUUAGAAUGCUGUAGCUAACCAUUAAUAGCUUAAAAUGCCUUUGCACUUUUGAAAUAGAAUAACAAUUAUUUUUUUACCUUUACUCUUUCUACACUAGCCUGGCUGGGCCAUCCAGUUGCGUGAAUCACUUGUGAUUCACGCAACUGGAUGGCCCAGCCAGGCUAUUUCAACAGGUCUCAACCCACAAACUUAAAAUGGAAUUCUGAACAUUUUUAAUUUAAAUGGUUGCUUAGCUCUUUAAAACCAGCACUAAAGUUGUAGCGUACUUGCUAGCUUAAACGCUCCUAUAAAACUUAAAAACUGCAACAACAAAAAAAAUCAUCAUUGAAUUGUUUUAUAUCUUUUUGAAUCAUUUGAAUAAGAAAUGAAAUAUGUACAAACCUUAAACCUCAAACAGCCAGGUGUUUUAUCAUCAUAAAUUAACUUUUUAAUCGUUAUCAUUUAUCUCAAAAACUGUUUUCAAAACGGAUGUCUCGUACAUUUCCGGUAUAUAUCUUUUCAGAUUAAGAGCAUCUGUCUUUGCAGUCCCAUUGACAGACAAAACAAACAUGUUAGUUUAAGAAAAUACUUUCACAGUAAAGUGACCAACAACAUAUUAUUCAUAUUAUUUGGGUCAGUGACAUCCUAAAAAAAAUGUAAAAAAUAAAUAAAUAAAUAAAUAAAUAAAUAAAAACAUUUAUCGUACACAUUUUGUCAAACUGAACCAUGAAAUAUAACUCAAAUUCAAGACUCAGAUAAGACUUUAAUAAAGUACAGUACACAUGAGGUCAGGCAGAGAACAGGCAGAAGAACAGGCAAAAAAUCUGAAUCAAAUAUACAGUACUUGUUGUGUCAAGACAAGGGUGAAUUUCAAAAUAAAACGGAAAUGUACAUAGGUGAAAUACCUGUGGCCAAGUAAAAAUACUGUGCACAGAGAUACACUGUAACAUCUGUAUGAUGUUUUAAUGUUCAAUAUAAAGAGAGAAGGGGUAAAACAAUUAUGUUUGUGACCAGUCCUGGACAUGUCCCUGUGAUGUAAAUCACAGUUUCAUAGUAUCUACUGCUGCUGCAUCUGUUUGUCCUCACUGGCAUGCUCACAUCAUGCUUUAGAUCAGCAGAUUAUAGAGAGUUAAUGACUUUUAUCUCUUAAUGCGGGUUCAGAUGAAAAUAUGUUUUACCAGUAUGAGAUCACGCAACAUCAGCUGACUGACCCACACUGAUCAAGACCAAUAGGAGAGCAGCUUUUCUGGUAAAUUAUCUUUAAUUACACAGAAGGAAUCAGGCUUCCUGCUGGUCGCUUUGCAUCUGUCUGUUGUCUCCACCAUCACUCUCAGACUGUGUGAAGACGCUGCUAAGCAACAGCCUCACACCUCACAGGCCUGUGGCUCUGAGGAUGCUGGGAAAGUUUCCAUAUCAACUUCACACAGUCGCUCAUUCACACUCAGAGCUUCAACUCCAUGGACAGAGCGGGGUCAGCUUUUUCUCUUGAGGUUUAUCAUUCAGGAGGAACUCUGAGGCUGGAAGAGGCCCAGAAACACACACUGGAAAAAAAAGCACACACAGAGAGAGAGAGAGAGAGAGAGAGAGAGAGAGAGAGAGAGAGAGAGAGAGAAAGAGAGAAAGAGAGAGAGCGAAUUAUUAGCUGCAACUUUUUCUCUAUUAAAAAUUUGUAAAUGUUUAGAUAAAAAUGCUUCAUCAGUAAACAGGUGGGGCAUAAGCAGAGCUACUAGGGUAGCAAAAUCAAAACAUUUCAAUGUGUAGAAAACGUUCUGGUUCUGCAGCAGAUACACGAUCAAAUAAGGAAAGAAAAGGGUUUCAAGCUGUUCUCAAAUUAAUGAUUUUAUCAUGCAUAUUUUAAUUUUUCUUAAACACUUUUUUUGGCUUGUACAUUUUUACAUUUGUUUUUUAUAUAUUCCAAAAAGAAAGCGUUGUGAAAACUGUUGCAUUUGACGUGAAAAUGAUGUUUCAGCCGUCUAGAUUAGGGAUCAGGAUUGAUAUCAAUCAGGGUCCAAUAAAACUCCAUCUUAACCCCUGUUCUGCCUUUUUUCCAUACUCAAAAAUACAGGUAUGAGCUUAUCGAGGCCAUUAUCAAGUCUCUAGGGUCCUAUGAAGUAAAGUUAUACUAUAUGUCCCCUUCUGUUAAUUAAAAUUUAUGGCAGGCACAUUAAUUAUACACUAACACUAAAAACUAACAAGGAACAGGUCUUAAAGUACAGGCAGAAAAUUCUGGUAGUCAGUUUCUUGAGAGGAUUUCUGUGACAAAUGUGUGAAGUGGGACAAAGCUAAUCUUUGAUGAUACAUGUAUGUAUAAAAGUGUCAUCCUUGUUGGAAAACUACUCAAGACAGAGGCUGCCAUCUUUGUUUGGUCUAUUGACCAAUCAGAGGCUGUAUCUGCAAUCAGAUGACCAGUGAUCCCGUCAGAAGCAUUGAUAGUCUGCUCUCAGCAGAUCACAGCUCUUCCUGUGCACCAAUAUUUGCUACACUUACUGAGAUUUUCUCUUUUUAAAGUCUUUUUCUCACAAGAAUAAAGACCUCAUGAAAUCAUAUUCAAAGAUGUUCAUUUAGUCUUUGAUCAGCCACAUAGUGCUGUCUUGAAGGUGGAUAUUAUACAUUUCAACUUUUUGCUCAGUCUUUUCAGAGUUCUGAUACUUUGAACAAUGUGGAGACAAAAUAUUAGAGACAAUUUAACUGUACAGCCACAGUCCUCAUUUUAAACUGGUGAUUCUUCAUAAGAGACAGACAGGGACACUUAAAAUACACAACUGAAAGAGUCAAAGGGAUCUUAACAACUCCCUUUCAUUUUCAUCUUUGUGUGUUGCUCGUAAAGAGAUUCCAUCUCAAACAUAAUGGAGAUAAAUCUGCAUCUUUGAACUUGUUUAAAGCAAAACUUUAAGUUUUCAUGAGUAAAACUUCUGAAGCUGAUGCACUUUUGUCAUUUAUCAGAUAUUUAUUUCAACACAGGCCAAUCUUUGUAAAAGGAAGAAAUGAACUAGCUAUAGGAGACUGCCCUCUGCUGGAGAAAAUACAAACUACAAUAGAAAGCUGUCCUAUUGAGUGCAGACACAUGAAAACACUUCAGGUGGUCCUGUUAUAAUAUUGCAAGGUUAACAUUUUCAUAAUGAACUAAUUCAUUCUCAUCUUACACUGAGCUUCAGCACUCUAUUGGCAGAACAGAUGCUGGUUAAGCUCAGUUAGUAGAGCAGAUGCUUCAUAUACAGAGGCUGCAAUCCUCUCUUUCUGUCGUACACUGUAUACUCAAUGUAUGAUAUAUCAUGGUGUGUAUUUUAUCAGGGGUGGGAGCGUGGUGGAGACAAAGCCAGAGCUGCAGAGAGUUCUGGAGUCAAGGAAAAGAGAUCAGAUGAUCAAACAGAGGAAGCAGGAGGACGAAGCCCGCAAGAAGAUUUCUCCUCUGGAGGCCGAGCUGCUCAAGAGACACAAGAAACUGGAGGAGGUAAAACCAUAUGAUCACAUCUGUUACAUAACUGUUUGUAGUUUCUUUUUUUGUUUGUUUGUUUCUGAAGAUGCUGCUAAAGAACAUGAUUUAAUAUCUUGGUUCUCUCAGGAUCACUUAUCACUUUAGUCAGAAAGAGUUGUAACUCUCAUGCAAUGAUCUGUAUUUGGUAGUAUGGCUCUCUUCUGAGUGCUCCCUGCCCCUCCAUGUCUGUGAGUGGAAUGCCAAAGGCUAAGGUGGGGAGAGCACACCUCUCCUUACUCUCACGGGCAUAUAUGAAAAUCCAAGGCAGAAAGAGCAGCAGAAAGACCCGGGGAACAGAACAGAGCAGGUAUAAGUGAUGAUACUCAUUACCUUGGAAGAGAUCUGACAUCAUUAAAAGAGGGAGCUGAGAUGAAGGCAGGUAGUGCAACAGCAAAGACACUGGUUAAUUAGAUAUAGAACAUAAAGGAGGAGCUGGAGAAAUGGUGGGGAGCACAGCGGCAAUGGAAUAUGUCUUUAUAUGGCUUCAUAAGCUUUAGCUCAACAAGGGUUUAAAAAGUUGAUGCGGCAUUUGCUAAAAUUGACACAAACCUUUACUCAAGUUAAACCCUAAGCCUUGAGUCCUGAAGGAUAAACUGUCCUCCAAAGCAGUCUGUUUUCCUGAAUGUAUUUGUCCUCUUGUAUUUCCAGCUGGAGAAACAGCAGGAGAAGGAGCAGCAGGAAAACCUGAAAGCUCCAGAGUUUGUGAAAGUGAAAGAAAACCUGAGAAGGACAUCGUUUAACGGGAAAGAGGAGAAAGAGGUGUAAAGACAGAAUUUCUGUCCUACAAGAGACAGAAAAUUGACUGGCUACAUGUGUGAGGACAAUCAGAAGACUCCCUGAAGCCACAUAACGAAUGAGGACAUUCUAGUGACAAGAACACAAACUCAGGACCUUCUGAGAAUAAACUGAAGACAAGCUGAGGAAAGUGUGGGGACACACAAAGAGUCGUGAGACACUUUCAGGACACAGAUGAAUAAUACACAACAAUGACACACUGGAGACAAUAUGAUAACAGAGGUGGCAAUGAGGACAAAAUGACGCUGUAAGGGACACUUGGGAGGCACAUUGGACACAGACAAAUUGGCUUGGGAAAAAACUUGAUGAGACACUGAAGACAGUCUAAAUACACGUGGGGACACUUGAAAGACAAUCAUAGAAAUCUCUUAAAAGGCAUUCUGAUGGGAGAUAAAACGUUGGUCAAACAAAGGACACAAUGAAAACACAGACACUCUGGGAGUUAAACCACAUCAGUACACUGGGGACACAAACAAGGACAUAUGAAGCGAAACAAGGACCCACUUAAGACAGGAACUCUACGCGACAUACACACUGAGUGCACAUAAGCAGGACACAAAUAUACAUCACAUAUCUUGAAUACACACUGAGGACAUAUUGAGGUCAGGGACUGUGUUAGACACUUGGAACACACACACUGAGGACAAGGACAGAAACACUGGUACAAGUAUACACUGAGAAUGCUUUCCUGAUACAUAAACAAUUAAGCCACUAUCAGGACAUACAUAAUGAGGACACAAUGAGACCGCAGACACAUAAUUAACAUUGCAGACACAAAUGCAAUUCGGCCACUUUAAGAACUCAAAUUAUGAGGACAAUUAUGGACGUAUAAUGGACUAAAUAAGGGCCUGUAAGGACAGAAACACUUAUGACACCUCACAGACACAAAAAUCAUGAGGCGGUGAGGAAAAAAAUGAGGACACAAACGCACUGUCGUACUUUGGGGACAAAAGUAUUAAGAGGGCUCUUAUGGACACAGUGGGGACAAUAGGCUGACAUUUAAACUGUUCACACAAUGAGGACACUAAAGGGACACUAAUAAGACAAAAAAUGAGGACUCAAAGAGGACACAAAACACUUGUGUAGUGCUUAGACAAAAGUUAAAAAAAUCACUGAGACACUAUUAAGACAAUUUAAAGACAUUGAGACAAGGACACGGAAUCCUUAAACCUUAAUUAGACUUCAUUAGGACACACAUUGAGAUUACUGUAAGGACAACAAAACAAUGGCGACACUAUAAGUAACAAUGUGAAUACACUUCAGGGACACUAUGAGUUGAAAAACACGUCAUGUAAAGACAAUGAGGACACAAAAAUACUGGACACACUUUGAGUGUAUGAAACUACUGAGGACACUGUGAAGACACUUAGAGGACACUUUUAGGACAUUAACACUUGGAGCAAUUUAAGGACUCUUCAGAUUACACAACACACAAUGAGAACCUGAACAAUUACAUGAGAUUAGAUACAACUUAGUUUAUCCUUGUGGGAAGGUUCCCUCAGAAAAUUAAGGACAUCUUUAGAGUAUGAUGAGGACAAACAUAUAACGAGGUCACUGAAAUGACACAAACUCAUAUAACACACAAUGAGGACAUGCUGGGGACACAAAUACAGUGAGGAGAGACUGUGGACUCAAAAAGUGUCAGGACAUGUCAUGCUAUGGAAGCGCUCAGUCUUUUCCUCAGGGUUUGAUAAAUGAAGCAAAUCCCCUGACUUCAUUCCUGUUUGAGGACGGUUGCCAUGGAACCAAAAGGCAUCCUGCUCCAAAGUGAAGACUGAUACAGACUGAUGACAUGAUUCAUUUCAGUUUUUGUUUCCUGGAAAGAGGUUUAUUUGAAAAUGUUAUAUGUAUAAUUUCCCCAAACAGAUCUUUUAUGAGAAGCAUAUUUUGUUAUUUCAAGAUUAAAAACAAAAUUGUGUAAUUAUGAGAUAAAACGUUCUCUGUAAUUACAAAAUAAAGAGGUUGUAGUUAUCAGACAAAAUAUGAUUUAUGCAAUACUGCCUGUGAUCACAUAUAAAGGCUUUUAUUUUAGUAAAAGGAAAGAAUUCAACCCCAAAAGCAUAAUAAAGCAGGUUUUGCAACUUUUUGCAAGUUUUAACAAAAAGUAAGUGUAUUUCUGUUAAAAGGAUGUUUCAGUAUUUUUGAAAUGAGGUUGUAUGAGGUACAUUUCUCUGCUAAGUGUUUUAGUCAUAAUGGAUGUCAUUCAGCUCAGCCCCUUCAAUGAAAAACUGCAGUGCCAGGGUACAGAUAGGACCACUCUGACACAUGAUUUAGCUAAUUUAGAGACUCUGACCAAAACACUCAUCAGUUUAAGUGUUCACUCUACUGAGAAUCUUUUUAAGCACUUUUCCAUCAGAGGGUCGAUUUGUUUCACAUUAUUUGAGCUGGAGCAGAAUCAGCUGAUCACUGUUGAGUAAUUACUUGUGUCCCAUAAAUUUAAAUAUUUUGCAUCUCAGUUUUGCAUAUUGUAAAACACCAGACAUCUCAGAUCAGCCUGCAGACAUUGUGUAAUGUGAUGUGAUGUGUGUAAAGUGUGUCAUUUCAGCUCAGUCUUCCCCUUUUGCAGCUAAUACUGUGUAUUUGAUCAGGUAAACUUAUCCUGUGAACUACGGGUUGUGUGCUGAACUCUAACUCUGAAGACACUUUUCCAUUCAGCUUUUCUGGUUUUCUGAUAGAAUUCCUAAAUGUUGUGGAAAAUGGUUAACAAGCAGCAUUUAGCAUUGAGUGCAGCAGUGGUUGCAGACUGCAGCCUCGUGUAGACUGCUAUUUUAUUUUUCCAGAGAUCCAGAGGUGCUGUUUUUACCAAGUCUCACUCCUGACACAUAGUACCUUUCCCUGUUUGUUGGCAUAUACUCAUUGUUUACCCAGCAGAGUCAACUCUGUCCACAGAAAAGUGUAGCCUAGCUUGCAUGCAGGUUCUCAUUAAAGGGGCUGAGCUGAUUGACAUCCAUAGUCACUGAAACACUUACAGUGACAUGUAACUCAAACAAGUUCACUUCAAAAAUACUGAAAUAUCCUUCUAAAGACAUGGUAUGGUAAAAAUACUUCUACUCAGAAGUCAAAAUUCCAGAAAUGAUCUCAUAAUAAUGUGAUCUCUCAAACUUUUUACAUUUUUUUGGGGGGGGAAAUGACAUUCUGAAGUGUACGUGACAGAAAUGCUAACCCUGAGAUCAUCAUCCUAAUUGUCACUCCCUCAUCUAAUAAGUUUUAAAAAUGUGAUCCAUAAAUAUAUGACAUAUACAAUAAAGAGGUUAUUAUUUCAACAAAUUAUGGCAAAAGUCAAAGUUCUCAAUAUUACAGGGUUAGUUCCUGGUGUCUGCUUUCAUUUAGCGAUUUUGGAAAUUCAUUUAAUAAUCGCUGUGUUGUUUUAUUUCUACAGAGUAAUUGCUGUGAGGUGUGAAGUCUGGACUUUGGAGGUGAAAACGCUGUCUGUUAGAAAAAAAUGUACUUGUGCCUAAAUCUUAUCUGUGUGUCUUUGGAUGAAAGUUUUUAUAGUUUCUGCGGGAGGUUUGUCAGUAUUUCAGGAAAAGAGUCACUAAGCUGCACUUCAACAUAUCUCAAACAUAUCUGUCUGUUUUAUCUGGUUAUAAGCACAUUCAUGUCAAGCUGCUGUUAUUAUCAGGAUAAAUAUCUCAUACUGACCAGGUUUAUGUCUCUAACAGUAUUUUAAAUUGCUUUCAAUAGAUAAGAAUGUAUUAUCAUGAUGAAAUAUGGAAAUCAUAAUUAAACACCUGCAUUAACAGGUACUGUUUUCUUGUAAUUAUCAGAUUGUAAGAUCAUAACCACCAGAUACAGAAGCUCUAGCUGUGAGAAAACAUCCUGUUAAAUUGCGACACAGAAGACGGAUCCAUUAGAUGUUAAAACUUAAAAUCUGUGUUUAAGUUUUGGUUUAAUGUCUUUUUUCAUUGUAAUAACUUUUUAUCAAAGAUUAUACUAAUGUGUAACUAAAGCCUUAUAUUGACCAGGUUUUUACUGAAUUGUACAAUCAUUGAAAUCAUGUUGAAUUUCUUGAUUAGAGCACUUUAGACUUAAUCUGUAUGAACAGAUAUUUCAAUCUAAACAGACUUAUUUUAUUCUACUUGGUUGUAUUUUCUUUUUUUUGGCUUUUAAAGCAGUCACAUGUCUGAUUAACAUGCUCAGAAUCAAAGCUGAAUAAAACUUUAACCUGCCACAGAAAUGGGGUUGUUGAUGGGAAGAUGAAAAAAUGGAAGGGGGGUUGCUUAGUGAGUGGGUUGGAAUUAUAGACUGUAUAUACUAUGGACAACCUGGUUCCGCCUUCCGCCAGUAUAUGGAUUUGAAGCCCAAAAGCUCUCAGUAAUUCCACAUUUUUUCUUCCAUUUCCUGAAACCAACAUUGCGCAGUAGCGUUGUACACAUUCGGCGGGAGAGUCACUGUAAUGACGCUCGGCUCAAACAGUGUAUUCCUCAGGUGAGCUAUGCAACCCUUGUAUGCCCAUAGGCUGUAUCAAGUGUCAAUCAUAGAAAAUAUGAACCCCUAAUAAAUUAAAAACGGAGCUGUUCAGAAAAAAGAGGACUUGAGUUCAAAACAGUCUUACAGUUACUACAUGUCAACAUCACAUGCAGGGGGCAGAAAAAAAAUGAUGUUCUGUGUAAUAAAUUUGUAAAGUUUGUCCACAGCCCCAUAAGCUCUGCUGGUGGAGGCGGGAUUUAUGACCUAUGCUGCAGCCCAUCACCAGAAAGUGCUGUUCUCGGAGUGGCCUCACCCAGCGAGGAGGCAGACGCUGUCCAUUCUAUAUACAGUCUAUGGUUGGAAUCUUAACAGGGUGAGCAGAACCUUACACAAGGCUUUAUGGCAUCCCACUCACUAUGAUCAAGCUACCAGUUAAAGAAAAAACAUGCACACACGAAAUGAUUUAUUCAUACAGUCAAAAAAAAGUCCCUCAGAUUCCACUGUUGAAAGCACAAAUUAUACCUGGGUUAGCUUGGCACUUGACUUGGCAUUUCCAUUCACAGUCAGUACGCUUACAUGUUGAUUGCAUUAAUCUGACUGAAAUGGAGCCAUUAAAAUUUAUUAAAACAUAAGCAUAACUGAAAUCACACUAAAUCAAUAGUUGGUAACAUGGUUGGGAAUCAGUUCUGUCCUUGGUGUAUGUUGCUCCAUUGGACUGAAGCUGGCCAAAGCAAUCUGAGAAUGCUUUACAAAUCACACUUUGGGCUUUCACCUGGAAGUGGAAAACAUAAAAUGUUUUUAGGAAGCUGGAUGACAAACAAAACCUCAACAGAAAAAAAGGCAAAACUGUCAUAUUGACGGUACUACAGGUACAGAGCUAUAAAGGUUUUAUUUUCUUAAAUCAUUUAAUUUACAUCUGGUUUUCCAAGUUCGAUUGCUAAUAGAAACUACAAAAAUUGCAUUUCCUUGGCAGAAAAUGUGUGGAAGACUGUAGGCAUUUGACAUGUUGGUUCAGGUUUUCCCAGCAACUCUCCUGCUGUUAAGAAAUAAGUAAUAAUAGACCCUUUGAAUGGGGUUAAAGCAACCAGAAUUAAGUAUUUAACAGAGUUUGGUAAUAAAAGAUCAAGCUCCAUUGAACCCUUACAGUACGUUGUAGUAAAUCUUACUACAAUGUAAACAGAUGCAUUCUAGAUUCAGUCGAUUUUGCCUGUACAGUUUUAUCGUUGAGAAAACAAGCCAACUGACUGAAGGCUAAACAUGUUGUAAAGUUAGACAUUUUAACAUGAGGCUCUGUGGAAACUGACUCAUGGCAAGAAUCUCAGCAGCCGUAGAGGGAGAAAGAAAUAAAAACUGAAACUCAGCAUAAACAGUGGAAAUACAGUGAAACCAAGACUUUGCCAAGACAUUUAGAGAUUCGGUGAAACUCAGAAGAGAGGUAAAAGUCCUGGCACUACACCUUAUGGAAACUAUGGGUUUUCAUCUCAUGUGAUCUUACAGUAAUACUGGAUAGGACCUUAAAAGAAACACUGGGUUAGCUUUGGGUGGGGCUUUUAAACAAAAAAACUCAGCACUGAGCAGAGGGGCAUCUUAAUCAGUAAAAACACAACAAGGACCAUGAUGGGAACACUAAGCUUAACAUUUAUUACUGAGCUGUCAGAAAUAUCGAUUAAAACUCUGUAGUGGGUUUAAAUCAGCCUGUUUUUAUGUGUUUGUUCUUGUGUUGGAUAACUACUCCUCUAGUUGGUCUUGCCCUCACUGACCUCAGAUGUUCUCGGUGUGAUGAAGGUUUUAUUCACUAGAUGUCGCUGUUUUUAUUCUUUUCUCGCUUAGAUUACGCUCUGUCAAGUUGAACACAUUACCGGAUGUAUCUUAACUUCGUGUUCGAGGUGGCUAAGAAAAAAAUAAAUAAAUAAAAACUUGUUAAAGAGACCACAAAUAAACAUGUCAAAAUAUUUUUUUUCCUUGAAGGUUACAGGAGAAUUUUUUUUUCUCUACUAUUCACAUUUUAUUUUUACAUGUAUGGUGUCCUCUUACCCCUUAUUUUUCUUUCAAGAUAUCAUAUUUUUGAACGAUUGAAUAGUGAACAGUGUGUAAAUACUGUUUCAAAAACAGUCAAACAUUAUUAUUAUUAAUACUACUACUACUACUAAUAAUAAUAAUAAUAAUAAUAAUAAUAAUAAUAAUACAGAGUAUUAAGGACACAACAAGAAAAAAAAAACUUGGAGAUCAAAGUCGUUAAGUGACGAGAAUAAUAUCAUUACUAACAAGAAUAAAGUUGUAAUAAAUCAGUAUGAUACUUAUGAUAAUGUGGUGCUGAUGUGCCAAAAGAUUAAAUAUCUCCUUGUUUGAGAAGCCUUUUUUUGCCUGAAAAGACUCCGAUCAAUAUACGUCUGUAGUAAGACGCUGCAGAUGUUUUUAUCAGUCUGUGGUGUCAAGUGUGCUGUUCUACGCUGCAGUCUGCUGGGGAGGAAGCAUCAAACACAAAGAUGCAAGACGUCUUAACAAACUGGUGAAAAAGGCUGGCUCUGUGGUAGGACUCAAGCUGGACUCAGUGGAGGAUGUGGUGGAGAGAUCUACACUGAGGAGGGUGGAGACUUUUCUCAAGAACAUGGAUCACCCACUUCACAACACCUUGAUGGACAAAAGGGCAAAUGGUGGUGGGCGGCUCCUCUCUCUUUGCUGCAGGACAGAAAGAUUUAGAAGAUCUUUUGUACCAACAGCCAUCAGGCUUUAUAACUCUUAUGUAAAUAAUAGAUAACUUAUACAUACUUAGACAUAUUUCUUGAGACAACAGACAAUUGAAUUUCCCUUCGGGGAUCAACAAAGUUCUUCUUCUUCUUCUUCUUGAAAUACGUUUCAAGAAAACAGGCAAAUACUUAAACUACUGUCACCUUAACUACAGGUUGUUAUAUAGGACUUUUUCAGACUUUAUUCUUGUAAGUAAUGAAUUAAUAAUGAGUUUAAUCUCGAAGUCUUUUCCCUUAAUGUGGCCCUAAUAUUUCAUUGAAUAAUAAUAAUAAUAAUAAUAAUUAAUAAUAAUAAUACAUACAUACAUACAUACAUACAUACAUACAUACAUACAUACAUACAUACAUACAUACAUACAUACAUACAUACAUACAUACAGUACAUAGGAUAUGUCAAUAUUACAGGUUGUUUUGUUUUAUUUUGAAAAUAUGACCGGAAAAUGUCUCCCUCCGUUCAGUCUAACUUGCGUCGCGCAGCUGCUGAAGAGAUGCUGACGCAAAGCUGAAGACCUCGCUAGAGACCGGGUCCCAGAGCCGCCGGAGCCGCCUCGUACAGCGGGCUGCAUUGUUCAACCCGUCUGCAGAGGCAAGGGUCCGGUUCUACCGUCUGAAUGUGUGGAGUACCGUCCGAACCUGUGACUAGGAUUUAUUUAGCUGCUUGGAUUUAAUCACCGUGAAGAAAUCUUUAGUUUCAGAAUAUCGAUGUAAUUUUUGGCAGCAAAGUAAACCGCUUUAAAAUGGCAACCGCAGCCCGCUCCCGGCGACCAUAACCAGAGAGAGUCAGGUAAGAUUUACCCACCUGGAGACGAAGUAGCUUCUGGCGAGUUUUACCUGCUUUGAAUAUUGAAAAGACCCAGCGCUUUUCUUUUAGAGGGGAACUUUGGUCUGUUAGUAUGCUGUAGGGCUGCGCUGCUCCAUGAGACGUGAACCUUAGAACCAAACUCCAUUUAAAUAUCUGACAACCAGUCACAACACGCUUUCUGGUAAACUGAAGCUCAUGUUUGAACAAUGUAAAGGAUUAUUUUCAAAACUCAAUGAUGUACUGGCAAAUCCGGCGUUCAUAAAACUCACUUAAAGGCUUAUUGUUAGUAAUAAAUUUACGCUAAUGUUUGAGAAGUGGUCCCGUCUGUUCGACACCGCCCUCCAUGGUAGGAUGAGGGUGGAAAAACGCCCAUAGGAAGAGGUAAAGCCAAAUUUUCAUGUAAGCAAUGUAAAUAAAUCAAAUUCUGCAGAUAUAAUUAGAGUUUUGUGUUGCAAAACAUAGAACGGCCUCUACUUUGUGUAUGUUGCCGGUGUGAAUGUUACCCGUUGGCCGCUGAAUGAGGCCAUGUUUAAGUGGCAUAUUUCUGACCGGGGUUUGGUGCGGCUCGCUUUGUAGGACUGAUCUGAGUUUGAUGAAAACGUUGCAGCAGACAGUCGGUAGGCUGCUGGCAGCUGCAGGGAAAGCAGCUGUCACAGAUGUUCGGGCACAUUUUCCCCUCUUAUAAUUAUUCCAUUUACUUAUGAACAUUAGACGACUGUCACCUGUUUCUCUGUGAGCCUGCGCAGUCACUGUUUACGCGGAGACACUCUCACUCUGAAAGUUUUUUUAUGAUAAAUGCGAAAUACCUCUCAGCUAACAUGCCACAUGCCACAAUGAUAACAAACCGCAGUGACCUUUCACAUGUUAUAUUCGAUGAUGUCAUGCGCACCUGUCCAGCGCAGACGCACAAAACAGGUGGAUUCCUGCUGAAAGAAAUCGGGUUACAUGACGCACUUCCAGAGAUAUAGUAAAACGGCCUAGUCCGACAGCUUAAUUCAUGGAUGCAAAACUUUGUCAACAACCCAUGGGCCAGAAUUUCAUGACGCCAUUGCAGGGGGCGUGGCAAUGUGGAGUUAUUGUAGUGAAAUCACUGCCACACUUUGUUAAAUCAUGGCUGUGCAAAGGCAAGUGUUUGCUCCCUGCAGUGACUUGAGAUCAGAGAAAUGAUGAAUGUGUAUUUUUGUAGCAAUUGUGGCAGAAUUAAAGCAGAGGUUUUACACAGGUGCUUUGCUCAAUGACAGUGGCAAUGCUGGACUUGAAUAAAAGCACACUGAUCCUUCAGCUAGUUAAAUCUGUAGAUCCUGCUUUAUUUAGUAUAGAGUCGAUGCAAAUGCUGAAAAAGGAGUAAAUUUAAAGUUUUUAACCCUACAGAGAUAUCUCUGAAAAGCUGAGUCAGUAAAUCCUGUCAGCAUUGAGCUUCUUCUGACAUACUGGGACAAAUUUUAGUCCAAACCUUUGCAAAAAUUGAACUAUUUUGAAAAGUUUUUUUGUGUGCCUUUAUGAAAAAUAGACCUUACAAAUCAUAACUAAAGACUUUUGCCAAAUCUGCAUCAUGAUGUAGUAAUUUCAGCAUUCCUUCAGUUUAUUUAUUGUCAUGAAAUCCUGGGAAAUUUAUGUAUUUUGGGCUCACAGUAUGACUGCUUUCAGACAGCUGAAGUGUAAAUUACUUGAUACAGUGAAACAGCAACUCAGUGGAGAAAGGCUGAGAUCAAGUGCAGCGGAAACUCAACAGAGAUGGAUGGUGUUCUGUUAAACUGAAACUAGGUAGAGACAGAUGGAGAUGUGAUGAGCAGGGACUAAGUAGAAACAGAUGGAGUUAAAGAGAAUCUGAGAUUUAGCAAAAUACAGAUGAAGAUGCAGGGAAACUGAGACACAGUGUUGACAGAUGCAGUAAAACUAAAGCCAAGUAGGGACAAAUAGAGAUACAGCAAUACAGUGAACCCGAGACAGACAUAAAACAGAUGGUGAUAGCGUAAACCUGAGAGUCCACAGAAGCAGAUUGUGGGACACUGACACUUGGACCCAUAAGAGAAAGGUGCAGAUAUAGUGAAACUGAGACUUGAUGGAUACAGAUGAAAACAGUCAAACCAAAACUCACAAGAGAUAGAUGGGGAUACAGUGAAACUGGGACCCCAACAGAGACAGGCUGACUGUGGCUCCACAGCUGAAGCAGUAUACUUGUAGUUGGAGUCUGGCAGAGAAAUCCUGAUAGUGAUCUUAGGCUGAUUGUCAUUAGACCAGGUCCUGGUUAGCCUAAAGUAGCAGGACAGUUCAUUUAGACACAGUUCAUGCAGGAGGAGGGCACAUUUACUCAGCUGAGCUCGAGAACAGACAUGACAACCCUUUGUUUACUGACGUACCAGAAGGGCUGAUUAUUAUUAUUGUGUUUACUAGUAAAGUAUACCUCAGCUGGAAAACUCGCUUUACUUUUUGUCCUGGGAAAUUUUUUAAAUCUGACUCAAAACUGCAGCCAAACUAACCUUCUCCUGUAUUUUGACACCUGUAAUUCACCUGCCUCACCUUAAACAAUACCUACACCUGACGUUUUCUUUUACCCUCUCCUCUUGAACCUUGGUGCUGUGAAGACCUAAGUUUAUCACACGGCUAUCUUCCAGCUGUGCGGCCGCCCUCUCACUGAUAACGUCAGCACUCGUUGGCUGCAGCUUCAGGUAACAGGUACUGGACCACACAUACAGGACAGGGUGUGAUCUUUUUAUUGGUCCUGUUGGAUUUACAGUCAUGCAAAUAUAUUAAUCAUCUCAGCGAGAAUAAACAGUUUCAUCACCACAGAGGCCGUGUCGGUGAGACAUCUGUGAGUCACAGACAGUGUAUUGGCUACCAUCAGGUAGAGCUGUGAUGACUGAUUGAUAUGUUAUAAAACUGUGAGACUGAAAGUUACCUCGGAUGAAGCUGAGCAAAGUUCCAGGGCAAUAAAACACCGACAGACUUGGACCUGAUCCAAUAUGUGUGCUGACUUUUACUGACUCAAACUCUCAGUUGUUGUUUUUUAAUGCCAAACAACUUCAGUAUAAGUUUGUAAAAAGAUGUUUAGGGGUAGUACCACAGAAUCAAGCCUUCUUGGUCUGAGAUGAUGCUGUUUAAUGGGGCCUGAAAGUUCAUGAGCAGACCCUGCAGUGAUGACUGCUGUCCUGAAGCAGCCGGUACAACUUAGAAACUCUACACACCUGAAACUAUUAUCUGAACUUGUUCUUUUAUGUAUUUAAAAUAUGUGCAGAUUUUGAUCUCAUGUGAAUUGCAUUUGCUUCCUGCAAAGAUUAGGCCAAUCUUUCAGCAUGCCUUUUUAGUUGACAGUCAAAUGUAGCACACAUAUUGGUAUACUGGUGUUCUCUAUUAUUAUGAGUAUAAAAGGCUCAUUACAGUUUGAAUAUCAGCUUUAAAAUGUAGGUUAAAAUGUUAAAAUGUAGGUUUCAAUUUUGGAUAAAAAGUGAAACCCCUAUUAUGUACCCAUGUACAUUAGGGGUGGGAGAAAAAAUCCAUACAGCAUCGUAUCGCAGUAUUUUGCCUUGUGGUAUAUCGUAUUGUCUCAUUGACCAAGUAGUGAUUUUUUUUAUCAAUUGUUAAUAUGAAGUCGAAUCUAUGAUGAUGGACAAAUAAAAUCAACUGUUUGUCAUGUGAGGUUGGCAGAGGUGACAUCAUAGAGCAGGAGAAAGUUGGUACCACAAAUAUAACAGCACUGAGGGAAAGACAUCAGGAAUGCAAGCAGGGCACAAAUGAGAUGGACCUGACACAUAAGGUUUGCAAGAUGUGCUACAUAAAAAUAAAAUACUGUGUUAAUAAGACCAACAUGAAGAAAAGACAAAUGCUCAAUUAGUUAAACAGUUUAAAAAACUGUGUUAAUCGCAGUAUAUUUUAUCGCAAUACUCACUGUAUUGCAAAAUGUUAAAAAUCGCAAUAACAUCGUACCGUGGCCCAAGUAUCGUGAUAAUUUCGUAUUGUUGGGCCACUGGUGAUUCCCACCCCUAAUAUACAUGUAUCAGUUACAUUUCAUAUUAAGGAACAAACAACAAAGCAAAUAUGACUAUAUGAUAUAUCUUGACAAUUGUAUCACUCACAUUUUCCUCAAAAUUUGGCAUUUAAAAUAGUUUUUUUAAAAAGGUUUAAACUGUGUAUCUGAAUGAAGACUUCCAUUGCAUUCAGUUUUGAAGCAUGUAGUGUAGAAAAGUAUCCAAGGAUUGAACAUUUGACUGCGACAGUGUAGAAUUCCACUUAUAUGAUCGGCUCAAUAUUCAACCAAACAAUGGAUUGAUCCAGAUUGAUUGUUACACUCCCGAAUGGGGCCAUGUUAAAGAGGCAGAGUUCUGACUGGAGUUUGGUGUUUGUUCAUGUGUGCUCAAAAGUCAGGGCAUGUUUCAGUGAUUGAUUAUUGACUAAAGGAUGGAGGAUACAUAUUUCAAAUCAGGACUAUUGAGCACUGAGUGGCUGGAGGGUGAGAUGUAUGUGACCCACUAACACAGAGGAAACUGAUGUUUAAAGGAAAGAGUAGCUGUCUGUCUGCUUUGUCUGUUUAAAGAUUUUUUUACCCUCUCAGGUGUUUUAGGUGCAGGAGGCUCCCCAUUACGUGCUUUUAUAGCAGCAGAAAGAGUUCUGUAAAAACUGUGGGUGAACCAGCUGCCUGCUUAUCUCUGCUUCAGUCUACAUCAGCACAGCACAGCACAAUCUCAAACACAGCUGCUAAAAAGAAUUGCAUUGUGGGUAAUGUAAAGGCCAGGUUUGAGGAGGAAUGUAAGGUGAAAAAAAGAAGUUAUCUCUGGCUCUGAGUGCAGCUGUGUUUCCUGCAGAUAUAUUAUGAAUCUCAGUGCAGGGACAGUUUUAAAUGGUCUAGUCCCUUUCUCUCCCUCUCUUCCUCUCUCUCUCUGUCUCUAUCUCUCUAUCUCUCUAUCUCUGUUCGGCCAGUAAUUCAUUGAAAAUAAAAGGAACAUAGUAAAUCAUGACUCUGUCUGUGAUGGAUGUGUGCUGGCAUCUUUGCUGCUGGCUCCAGCUGGGCCAGUCAGACCAGUGCUCUGUCCAAACUGGUACAUGUGUGAUGGGGGAAGUGGGGCACAGCUGGUUUGUGGUCUGUAUAUCAGGCUUUAUUCCCUCUGUGGGGGACAUAUAAUGACAGGGGGUCCCAGUUCUGUUCCUCCCCCACUCCAAUCACCCGUUUCCUCCCCUCCCCCCUCUGGGUGUCAAUGAUGAUGACCCCCCAGGCUUCAUAAUAGAGACAGGGGAAUCAGACAGCAGUCUGCCCACUCAGACAGAUUACACACACAUUUAUACCACAAAGGAGAUUAGUCAGCAUCACACCUAAAGGUCUACUCACACUUUGAUAUAUUUUAUGAUCUAAAUGGAUAAGAGAGUUUUGGAGUGGUUUAUGUAGUUUUAUUCUGCCAGCAGCAUUUCACCAGAUUUAGACAGCUGCAGCAUCAUCUUUGUGGGGAAUUUAGCCUCAUGAUAAUAAUGACUUUAUUUGACACUUUCCCCAAAAAAAGUUUUGUAAGUGUGGAGUCUGAUGAAAAUCAAACAAUUGAAGUACAGUGAAGCUAACAAUAAAGAUAAAACUUCAUAUUGUUGUCCUCAAGUCCUUCCAUUUUGUAUUAUGAGUCCUCAUCUGUGCCAAAAACAAACCUCUGCCAUCAGGACCCUUUAUAAUGUUUAUUUAACAGGGACAAUACAUAAAAUAUUGCCACAAGAAAAGGAAAAUGUUAUGCAUGCAAGACAUCUAGCUUCAGCUAAUUUGCAGUCUUUGUCCCUGUUUUUUUUCUACUUCCAUGCUGAUCCCAAGUAGUGGCAUUAUUGGUUCCAGCGUGUGAUUAUAUAAGGUGUUUUGGGGUAAACAGAAAAACUAUUACUAUAUAAAUAUUAUCGUACUAGUUAACUAGUCUAAACAUGCACAAAACAUUUAAGUUUGAGAACAAUUUGUACAACACAGGAUCUUGAUUUAAUUUUGACAAGGAGAGAGAGAACUACCUUGUACAAAGUCGACAAUCAUGUAUCUUUGUCUUUUAUUGUUCCUUCUACGUUGUAGAUUCCAAAGUACUUUGCUCCACCAUGUCCCUAAUUUUUGUAGUAUAACUAUUCUGUAUUAGUGAGGUCAAGUGUGCAUGGAUUGGUAGGUUUAUGGUGAGAGCGCCCUCUAUAGGAUCAUACAGCAAGCUUCUUUAGGCAGCCUGUACUGGUGUACUGUAUGAUUUUGAACAGCUCAUGACUUUUCAGAGUUGAAAUGAAAGCUCAAAUUGAUUAAAAGUGACUCCCUAACAGUGUUGGGCAAGUUACUUUAAAUAACUUAGUAACUUAGUUACAGUUACUAGUUACUUCUUUCAAAAGUAACUCAGUUACUUUAAGUUACUCAUUACUUUCAAGGUAACUAGUUUCUAGGGAAAGUAACUGUAUUAUUUGUUUUUACUCUAAAUUCUCUUAUUAAUGUGUUGCCUAUUUACUGGAUAGCCGGGGAGGCUGCCAGUCCUUUGGUUUGCUAAAUCAAGCUUUUGUUGUUUGGCUGGAAUGGCGGAGCUAAAAUUAGCAGCAUCGCCUGUCUUACCUUCAGGGUCUUUUUCAACCAGUUUAGUGCGUGUUGAUUCUGAAGAUGUUUCAUCGGAUUAGAAUUACUUGUCUUUGAUGUGGGUAGAGUUUUCGAACCUCCACAUAGAUUAUGGGUCACCACAAUAUUCCUCCUCUCCGUCAGAAAGGAAAAAUAUUGUGCAGAUUUCCACGAGAGAAAUCCCACGCCUAGACAGUUGUCGACUGCCGCCAUUGUUGUUUUCAUUCACUUGCACGUCUCUGCGUCACGUGUGCUUCAGGUCCACCAUGGAAAUGGUAGUCCUGAGUCAUGCACGUGAAGUAACAAGUAACAAGCCUUUUUAAAUGGCAGUAAUGACAACCGCGUUACUGAUUUUGACAAAGUAAUUAGUUACAGUACCCGUUACCACAUAAGUAACGUAGUUACUGUAACACGUUACCUAAUAAAGCGCCAGUCCCAACACUGCACCCUGCAGAGUGGAGGUAUGAUGCAGCACCAACAUCUUGCUUUUCUGAUACUAAAGGUGAGACUUAAACAGGGCUGAAGAUAACAUGGUAAUCUGUUUCCAGACCAGUCAGAUUUUGGUUGGAGUCAGAAUUUCCAAUACGGUGGCAGUCAUCUUUGGGGUUUCGUAAUGCUAAAAAACUAAAUCCAGUUAAAUGAAAUGAUGAUAUAUUUGAAAUAAAUAACCUUCUCGACCUUAUUUUCUGUAUCCUCCGGUCAAGUCAAUAAAAGUGUUCUCUGUCUCAGGGCUGGGCGAUAAAAUGAUAAUGAUAUUCAUCAAAAAUGUAUUUCCCUCAAUAUCAAUAUGAAACAUGGUCAAUAUCCUUUUCGAUAGUUGGCAUUCUGCCAUGUUUUGGUAGACUAUACGAAUAGCCAAUGAAAAGGAGAGUUUCUCCAGGUCCGUUUCAUGCUGAACCAAUCAUGAGCUGAAUUAGAACCAAGUAGCAAACAAUUGUGUAAUAGCAGACUGCAGCCACACGCAACCAUAGCACUUUAACACAUGAAGCCGACAGCACUAUUGAGAAAAAAAAAGAAAAUAAGUGCUACCCCCAGCAGAAAUGCAGAUGAAGGCUCAACAGAUGAUGACAUCAACUUACCUGAAAACGUCGGUUGUGUGGAGGUAUUUUGGUUUUGUGAGGUCAGACAUGAGGCAGAGUAAUAUGCACCGCAAAUUAUGUCGUACAUGUUAUGAGUACAUGUUCUUGCAAAGUCGGGGAAUACCUCAAAUCUUUUUCACUACCUGAAGCAGUGCCACGCGGCAAUGCAAUAGGUUACAAACCCCAAGCAGAGUAAGGAGCCCAUGGCGCCUGUGCAGCUAAAACAGCCGACCAUUCAGUCCGCUUUCUCUAACGCAAUGCCUUUUGACAAAACGUCGAAGAGACACAAAGACCUCACAGAUGCAGUAACUUAUUGUAUUGCAAAAGACAUGCUACCAAUAAGUACUGGUAGGUUUCAUUUUUUGUAUCAUGAUAUAUAUCGAUAUUGACUGUUAAAAAAUUUAUAUUGUGUAAAACUUUUUCCCAUAUCGCCCAGCCCUACUGUCUCUGAUCUUUCUAUUCAAAGCCAGUCUUUAGGCACUGUCCAAAGCCUCCAGGCUCUGCUGAUGCGAACAUCUAUCAAACCUCACAGCACACAGGAGUUGCUGGUCUGCAGCUGCCUCGAUCAGGUGGUUUGUUUGUUGUUCUGUGCCAUGUAGGUGAUUAAAUGGUUUGCUCAGAUCCUACACAGUGUUUGUGUUACAUAAUAACACAGAAGAAGCUAAUGAGGCAGAAGUAGACCUUGAACUCCUCUGAAGUGUGAGGUAAAAUUACAGUUUUUGUCCAUGGAGUCUGCUGGCUUUGAAGAUAGCCUGCUUUUUACUACAAAGAGGUCUGUGCUGACUGUUUUUGACAUUAACGGUCAUGUUAUUAAACGGUCUGUCAAAUCAGGGUUUAUUCUGACCUGCUCAGGUCUCAGCUGUUUUUCCUCCUCACAAUAUCAUUUCCUCCUGAUUGUUUUUUUAUUUUAUGUGCGUGCGUGCUUGCAUGCGUGUGUGUUUCCUUCCUUCCUGCACACUUGGCUGUAGGUUUGUCAGUCAGAUGGUGGUUCACCGGAUCUCUGAUGUAUUUUUGUGGGACAAGCACUUGAGCAGCCUGGACAUCCCAACGGCUGAACGAAGAUGUUUCAGUUUCACAGACUUUAACAGCGCUCUCUUACAAAAAAAAGAUAAAGAGACCAAAGGCGUCAAAAUACAAAUCUAGUUCCAAACUGUUGGGAUGCUGUGAAAAAAUGUGAACAAAACCAGAAUUUGAUGGUUUUCAAAAAAGCCUUUAAUUGCAAAUAGUGCAAAGAAAAUGUGGUUUUACAUUGUUUUGCUGAAAUAUGAAGGUCUUUCUUGAAAACGUCCUUGUCUGGAUGGCAGCAGAUGUUGCUCCUACACCUGUAGAUAUAGUUCAGCAUUAAUGGAGCCUUCACAGAUGCAAAAGUUACCCAUGACACAUAUGAUCCCCAAACCAUCAGGGAUGCUGACUUUGAGAUGUGAGCUGCUAACAAGUCGGGUGGUCCCUCUACUUGUUUAAGUGUGGGAUGCUGCAUCAAUGGUUUUAAAAUAGAGUGUCAAGUUUUGGCUUCCUCUUGCCCUCAGUCCAUCUUAAAUGGGUUCAGGUCCAGAAAAUUCUUGUGUUUCUGGAUCAUGUUUAUCUACAUGUUCCUUGUUGCAUUGAACAGCAUCCAUGGUUUCCAACACAAAUGUUGAAUCUUGGUUUAUCAGACCACAGGACGGUUUUCCUCUUUUCCAGUUUUGACCUGCAAUUGUGGAUGCAGUGAUGAACUGUGUCCACAGACAAAGGAUUUUGGAAGUGAUUUUGAGCCCAAGCAGUGACUUCUACUACAGAGUCCUGUUUUUUUUUAAUGCAGUGGUGCCUGAGGUUCUGAAGAUCAGGACCAUCCAGUCUUGGUUUUGGACCUUGUCCCUUUUGUACAGAGAUUUCUCCAGAUUCUCUGAAUCUUUUAAAGAUAUUAUGUUCUGUAGAUGAUGAAAUCCAUUUCUUUGACAUUUUACACUCAGGAACUUUAUUCUAAAACUGUUGAACUAUUAGCUCACACAGUCUUUCACAGAGUGGUGAACCUCUUCCCAUCCUUCCUUCUGAGAGACUCAGCCUCUGAAUGUCCUUUUUAGACCCGGUCAUGUUUCUAACCUGUUUGAAGUUAACCUCAUUAGUUUUGAGAUGUUUCGCUGAUUUUGUGAAACAGUGAUAACAGAAGAACUAAAGCAGUGAUUUAUUGAUGGAUAUCUUACCGUCUGUCCUCUCCUCCUCAGCUGAUCCUCUGCAGCUCCAUGUGUCCUCUCCGGUCCCUCUUCCGGUCCAGCUGAGCUCCUCCCUCCUCCUCCGUCUUAUCAUGUCGGCGGCUCAGACUCAGAAGGAGAGUGGUGGUGAGGCGGGCUGGGGCUGCCUGGAGUCUCUAGGUCUAAGCCAGAAGGAACUGGUCUUGGCUGAGGCCCUGCAGAUGGAGUAUGACGCCCUCUCCAGACUCAAACAGGACAAGAGUGGCACUGGGACGAGCACCAGCCCUGGCUCUAGACCACAUAGCCAGACCCGCUCCAAAACACCAAAUCCCACUAUUGAACGACCGCGACCCACCCCGAGCCAGCCCUGUCCAACCUCCAUAGGAGGAGGCCUGCUGAGGGGCCUCUCUGGGUCAGACUCCUCUCUGAACCAACCUGGAGGGUCACAGUCUCCGCCCUCCAUCCCUGCCAGGGUGCCUCCUCCUCAGGGGGGCUACAUCAAAGAGUCCUUGUAUAUCCUGGACAGUCCUGAGGCCAACAAGUUCAGAGACGGCUCGGGUCCCAGCUUCGGAGACUCGCACGGGUCUGGAACAGGAUUUUUUUCUAAAGGCUUCCCCUCUCUCCCAGAUGAUGUUCCCCCUGCCAUCCCCCCCAGAAACCCCAUACCCCAAUCGUCAGGGUCUGAUAACCCCUUCCUGCCUGCACGAGGGUCCACCAUACCCCGUGAUGUGAACCUGUUCAUGCCUGACGUGGAUCUGCCUAAAGUGACCUCAGGAGAGCUGAACUACGACAACAUCAAUGACUCAUUGUCCAGACUUAACGAGGGCCGGCAAGGGCCCAGAGGUCGGAGGGCCAACGGGGACCAAUCAGGAAAGCCAGUGGCUCGGAGUAAGACCCUCCCCCCUCAGGUCCCACCCAGGACAUAUGUACCCGUUCCCAAGAGCAACAAGAACCAGCGGCGGGUUUCUGCAGACCCAGUAAGAACCUUUAAACUAAUAUGAAUACCUAUCUCUGGAUUUUUAAAUGGAUAGUUUGGGUUUUUAAGUUGAGUUGUAUCCAGACAGUUUCUGGACAAAGAGGCAGAGCUGACGGGGAUCCCCUGAAAGGAGAUGCACCAAGUAUUGACAAGCACCUCAUACAACCAAACUUACUAAAACACACUAUUCCUUUAAAAGCAGUUGACGAGCGUCUGUUUUAUUUCAAUUUUCUCUACAGAUAAUAAAAAAAACAGCAAGGUUGUAGUCAGGACAAGUUAGCUCCUUAGCCCGUUAGCCUGUCAAAUACACUGAGGAACAGAGCUAUGAUGAUGUCCAAAAUCUUAAUCAUGAUCACGAAAAACAAUAAGCCAUGAUUUGAUGUCUGCAUCACACUCACUCACACAACUUGAAACCUCCUUAAACUUUAAAACUCAAUAGAUGAAAAUAAUGGUUAGCCUGUUCUUUUGUUUACUAAAUCAUGUCUGUUUGUCUAACUGGAUGAUGCAAAAAUUCAAACUGAAAGGGAGCAUGCAUCAGUUCUUCAUUUUAGGAGCUAUUUUAGUGAUGAUACUCGCUGAAUUAAAUUUCAGGUUUCACUUGUAGUAAAGUAUUUUUACACUGACAUAAAAGUGUAAGGAUUUGAGCUCUUUUACCACAUACAACAUAUCACAGGCUGAAGAUUGAACAAAUCAUUCCGUCUUUUCAAGCUCUAAUAUAUUGUCCUUAAUAACGUUAAGACUUGGGCUUUUAUUACGUUAAGAUUCAGAACAAUAUCUCUCAUAUUUUAGUACUUAUGAUCUCUACAGCCUCUCUGUCUUUGUGCUCAUUCUUUUCCCUUGACUUACCAGACAUACACUGAUACACACCCGCCUCUUACUGCUCCUCUCCCUAAUCUUCUCUCUCCACCUGUGGCUACCUGGUAGUUUGUAUGGCUGUUAAACAUGUUGAAGAUGCAACUUCCUCAUGUUCCCAAACUUUGUCUCUUCUCGAUCUGAGCUGCUUAUGUUGAAGUGAAGUGAUAAUAAUAAUAAUAAUCAUAAUAAUAUUCACAAUUAUAAUAAAAUUCCUAAUAAUAAUAAAAGAGAGAGCUGUUUGGUGGGGAAGAACUGCACACGCACUCUGCUGAUAAAGGUGGGGUAGGCGGGAUCUGAGGAAGUGCCAGUUUUUGGGAGAAAUCUUGAAAGUAAACACUACCCCUCCCAACCAGUUUUCCCCUCAGCUCCUCCUCUCCCCUCCCUCUCUGCUCCAGUAAGCCCCGCCCACAAACAGGCGUUCCUGCUCAUUCGUCUUGUUCCAAUUCAAUUCAGAUAUGAUGCAGAUAAAUACUUAAGAUAAUUACAAAUGGGGCCCAGUCAACGUGAAAGUAAAAAGCAUUGGUGCUACUGUAGAUGCCAACAGACUACCAGCAAACACAAUGUUUGCAGGACUUCUACAACUAGGAUAAAGUGACAUAGUCCAGGACCCGAGGUAAACAGUUCAGUGGCGCUACAACACGCAGCAAGUCCCGUUUGACAAGAAACACUUCUAUUACACUUGGCUUACUUUGUUACAGCGGUUUACCUGUCCAACAGAAAGGUUACAGGGUCCGUAAGAUCCUGAAGCGUCCUCCAUCGCUUGAUCAUUGAUGUUGAUCCCGCUUUUUAGCUCUUGUCCGGGUGGUCUACCUCCUUUUGAAGCGCCCGUUAUUCCUCCCCAGUCUUCAGUAUUUACUUCGUUUUCUUGAUUGUGUUGGCAGUCGUGGUCAAAGGAGGAUUCAGACAAUUUUCUGUACUUUCUGGUUGGUUUCUACUGUCUGAUAUAGUUGCACGCUAACUUUGUUUGGGCUUCUGAAUGACACGGGGGAGCAGCGUCUGCCUCACAACCAAUCAGGCCAGGGUGGGGGAGAAUGGCUUUGUUUACAGCCAGAAAGAGCAGCCAGCUUAAAAAAUUUGAAAUAUUGACUACACAGACAUAAGAGAACACAGCAAUAUCGUUAUGUUACCAAAUGUCAUCAAUAACUAAUAGCUAUUGACUGAUAUUAAAAGGUUUUUUGUAUAUACACCACAAAAAAAGAUGCUUCUUUAACGGGAUCCUGCCUACCCCACCUUUAAGGACGAGAGGGACAGUGCGCUUCAUUCAACGUCGAGGACAUAACGGCACAAUAUUGUUCACUCCUGAUUUUUGUAUUUUCAUGAUAUUAGAGAGCUGUUUUCUUAACCAAAACGGAAACAGAUUACUCGCCUAGCUCACCAAAAAAACAUAAAUACUUUCAACAAUUAUUUUAGCUGAACUUUUACUUUAAACUUUUAAUGCAAGGCUAUCUUAAACUUUUAGGCAACAGCAUCAUUUAUUGCUUUUUAACAAUCUGUCAAAACAAGAUACAAUAAUUUAAGUUGAGGUAACAUGUGAAUCAACAAGUUUCACUCUGAACCGCACUUUAAAAUGUAAUAGUAAAUACUCCACAACACUGUUUCUGUUGUCCCUCUCAAAAAGGGGCCACUCUGUUUUGUUCAGUGCAACCUGCACAAAACAAAAGCACAGUGACACCAGCUUCAUGUGCUGUGCUACACUGAAGUAAUAGCAUGCUUUUGUAUCCAUCAAAGAGUGCAGUGAAGCUGCCAGAGUGAAAGCUUUUCAUGUUCACCAAGAACGACACAGAAGUUAUUCAACACGACGAAUAACCCGUCUCCAAAUCCUCCUGCAAAGAAGUUCCAGCUUAAGGGUCAAACACGUCAAGCUUCGUGCGAUCUGCAGCAUUACAGGCCUACAUUAGAGCUGCUGCACAAAAUAACAGAUUGAUGUUAUUUUAGUGACAAGCUACUUCAGGAAUCUUUGAAUCUGUAGGGAUUAAGCGUCGCAACCAAUGGUGUAGUGAGGAAAACAUGAAAACAUGAACGGACUGGAUUUUCUCCGGUCACUUGUAAGAACAAAGUUCAUGUUAAAAAUGGAUGACCUAAAAAUAGACCUGGAUGACAGUGAAUGACAGAAACAGCAUUCAUUCCUCUCAAGUAAAUUUAGCCCUGAGGUAUUGUUGAAGUCCAUCUUAAUCUUAUGUUUAAAAAUAAAAAUAUGUAUAUUGAAAGCAGGUUGAUGUUAUUUUACUCAUGCGUAAUAUUGUGAGGUUAAUACAUGCAUCAACUCUGAAUAUACUGAAAGUGACAGAUCUGAGUCGAGGUUUGAUUUUCUCUUGAUGCUGAAAACAAGAAGAACUUUAUUGAUCACCAAGGGGAAUCAAUCACUCUCUGUUCUUUUCCUCUGUUCCUGUUCAAUUCCAUAUUUGAAAUGAACAGGUCUCCUCUCAGAUCUCUGCUUAUGUGUUUUCACUGAUCACACUCACAGUCUGUCAGUAAACAGUCAGCAGUCAGACCAGUCUGACCAGCCGGAAGCUGGAGCUGUGAUGGAGGGAUUUGAUUAACAUCAGCCCUGUCAGGAGUCAGAAGCCGGUUAUGAGUAAAUACUCUUGAUGCCCACUUAGGAGCUCUCCUGAAUCAGUUGAUCCCUAAUAUCUCACAAAGAGCAGCCGGUGAAAUCCCCCAUGUGAUGUGGAUGAAACCAACAUUAGAGCAGGGAAAGUAAUCAGAUUUUAAUUACGAUAACAGCUCCUACAUGAACAUAAAAAUACGAGAGUCAAGACUGAACAGUUUUGGGCUACCUACUGCUACUCUCUCUCUCUCUCUGUCGUCCUCAACAGCAGAGUGUGGGCACAGUUCCUUCCCCUCAAACGGCUCUCACUUUCACUUCAGCAUAAGCAAGAGGAGGCAGGUGUGUGUCUGUGUGUGUCUGAUAAGCAGAGGGAUAGAAUGAACACAAAGGUUGAGAGGCUGUAGAAGAGAUCAUAAAGGCUAAUGAGUUUUUAGCUACCAGGCUUCAAAGUUAGAGACAUUGUUCAGAUUCAUAGUGAAAUACAAGCUCAAGUCUUGACGUUAUAAAGGACAUUAUAUAAAAGCUUUUAUAAAAACUGAAUGAUUUAGCCUGUGAUAAAAUGUAAGAGCUCAAAUCCUUCAAUUUUUAUGACACAGUGUUAAAAAACUCUAAUGAAAUUAAAUCUGACAUUUAAUUCAGUGAAUAUUAUCACUAAAAGUAGGCCAAAGCUCUUACAGUGAUAUCUGGUUUUACUCCAAGAAGUCUGCGGCAGACGACCAAUCACAAACGUGAACAGGCCUUCUAGCAAUGCAUUUCACAGAGAACAACAAGCUAUAGAAAAGAACUAGAGUUGUGCUAUUUACAUUCAAUGUGUCUCUAUAGUCUCUGUGUCGUUCCUCAUUGGUUCCUUUCAUCUUAACAAGUAGCUGUUUCCUCUUUAGAGGGUGAGAAAUAACUCUAGUCAUCACUUUUCCUCCUCUGUUUGUCUCCGCAUCAUUUCCAUUUCUUUCUUUAGAAUUUCCUUGCUGUAAAUAAACAGAAAAGAAAGUAAAAACCUGUGUGGAGCUCUCUUCUGAUUUGUCGGUUGUGUGUGAUUGACAGGUGUCCCUGGGCUCCAGGAUGAAUGGGUUUGGAUAUGAGCUGUUCCAGGUGUCGGAGGAGAGAGAUGAGGAGGUGGCAGCUUUCUGUCACAUGCUGGAUGUGUAAGUAACACACACAGACACACAUCUAAACACAAACACACAGAUGUACUGAACUCCUGAAGCUUUUCUCCAAAGUCAACUCUUUUGGUUUUUAUGCUUCUAAGACCAGACACACCUUCACAAUCAGUGUCUCCUGUAGGUCGGGUGAGAUGAGGACAGAGGACACAGAGCAGAGAAGCAUACAGCCAUAAAAAUGUCUGUCUGUACUCUCCUUACCCUGGUAUAAAGAACUUUUCCCAGACCUCUGAACAUGACCUUAAACUAAAUUUAACCUGAAAUUAAAAACUGAGUCUGACUUCAAACAUACCACUGGAGCAGUAAAAACAUCGAGAAUGAUGCUCUUUGCUUCCUCAGAAAUAUCCUGGCAUUGCUGAAAUAUAUUUCUAAGUGCAGAAAUGUCCUCUCAGCACAAAUAUUUACACUAAGCACAGAAAUGUUUUCUCAGUUAAGAGCUGUCUGGAAAUGCAAAAACAACUUUGUAGUGCAGAAAUGUUUUUAGUGCAACAAUCUUUCCCGGGUUUAGAAGUGUUUUUCUGCAGAAGAAACGUCUCCAAAGAGCACAAGUAGCUUUCUUUAUGCAGAAAUGUUCUUCCUAUGCAGUAAUUCUUCUGAAGAGCUCAGAGAUGAUUUCUUAGUUCAGGGCUGUUUUUAUAGUGCACAACUGUUAUGUUCAUGCAGAGAUGAUUUCCUCGAGUGUUUUCCCAGUGCAGCCGUGUUCACUAAAUGCAUAAAUGUCCUCAAAGUGUUGACAUGUUUUCCUAAGGUCAACAAUAUUUUCUUGGUACAUAAGUUUUUACCCAGUGCAGUACACGAGCAGUGUACUGUAAGCUUUUUAUUCAAAAUGCAGCUCUGUACUCUCAGCGCCGCAACUUCCUCUUUGUGCAUCAGUUCUUGGUGCAGCAGCGUGUUCACAGCUUGGCUCUGUGUUCUAAGUGUGAUACACUUUUCCCAAAGCAUAAAUGUUUUCUUUGUGCAGACUGUCUGUUUGUUGCAGAAAGAGUCAUAUCACUGCAUUCAUGUCAUCUCACUGCAAAAACUUGACAUGAAGUAACAACAAAGUAGACACAGAUACACAGAGUAUGGUGUAAAGUUAAAAUCCAAUUAUCCUCCUUAUCGAUUGUUCAUUCUCUCCCAGCUUUGUUGAGGGUUUUAGGGUCAGUCCGCUUUGUCUGUUUCUGGUGACAUGAAUAAUCUUGUAGCCUUUCCAUGAGCUAUAGUUCUUAGUUAUGUUCAGCUAGUUUCUAGUGUCAGGGGGGUUUCCUUGCACUAUUUCUUGUGAGAGCGUUCUCUGAUGCCACUAGAAGUGUUUCAACCAAGUGUCUGUUUUCAGUUAGUUUUCUUCUGCUUGAUUUCCCAGUUAUAACACUGCACAGAUUCAAAAUUGUUUUUUUUCUCCCACAUACAUCGUCCCCUCACUGAGCAAUUUUUACAUUGUCUUUUUAUUUUCAAACUUUUUCUCCUUUGCAGAUAUGACCUCUUGGUGCAGAAAUACUGUUUAUACUUGGUGCAUUUCUCAGUGCAUAAAUAUUUUCUCAGCACUUAAAAACUUUUUCCCUUUUUAAAGUGUGCAAUAUUUUUUUGCAGUGCAUACAUUUUCUUGUAACGCCACAAGAUCUCAGUUUAAGAUUGCAGAGCAGAAAUGUCUUUCCGUGCAGAUGUGUACUCUUAAGUAGUGAUGCACGAUAUGAAAAAUUUCAACCGAUACCGAUAACCGAUAAUUUUCUUCUUCUCAUGGCCGAUACGAUAACCGAUAAAUUCAUAUUUUUACAUUUAUUAUAAUCUUCAUAUAAUCUGCAGUUUGUGCAGGAUGCAGCGAUUGAAAACUGAUGUUUUUGUUGCUCUGGCCUAUCUAGAACAACAAACAAAAGUUUUUGGCUCUUCAAAUGUGGUCAUUUGCUAUAAAUAACAAUAACAGAGCAAAAAGCAGAACUUCAUUUGAUCCCCUGAACUGUUCAACAGAACUGUAAACUGUAAAGGAGCUAUUAUGAGACGGUAGGCUUAGCAUGCUGACCGGACUAACAUCUGACGCCCAUAUGUCUGUGGUAAAACUCACGUGUAGUCCGUUCUUGUCGAUCAGGUUGUGAAAGUAUGUGGCGACAAUAUCAUAGAGUGCAGGAAGGGACACAUCCGAGAAGAAGCGGCGGCUUGGGAGAGUGUAACGUGGCUCCAAGUGUGCUAUGAACUUAAGAAAACCCGGGUUCUCAACGACGGAAAAAGGCUGGUCGUCGACCGCUAUGAACUCCAUCACUUUGUCGUUAAUGGCUUUAGCCUUUUCGCUGUCUCUUGAGAAGCUUUUGCAGUUUUUAAACGCCCGCUGAAUGGGGACAUCGAUCCUCCGUAGUGUUGUUGUCUUAGCUUUAGUACCGCUAGCAGCUUCGGCGGCUGUCUCAUAUUCUUUUACUACCGCUUCGCCGCGAUGGCGACUUUUCAGAUGAGCUAUCAGAUUCGCUGUGUUAAUACUUGAAGUCUUCUUUCCUCCUCUCGGAAUCCUCGCUGAACAGGUUUUGCAUAUAGCAAUGCUGUUGUCAUCUUCUGCCACUGAGAGAAACGACAAUGCUGGUGAAGACAUUUUAUUAUCUGUCAGGCAGUGACGGGGUCAGGCUUGGGACCUGCGAGUAAGGCGCGAUAGAUGACGUAACCAGCGCGUCUCGGACGGGCGGCUACUCCGCCUGCAAACGUUACUCGUAAUUUCAUUAAUAUAUCGGAUCUUUCUAUCGGAAAAAUGCACCUAUCGGACCGAUAAAAAAUGACGUAAUUUCCCCCCAAAUCGGCCGAUAUUUUAUCGGUCCGAUAAAUAUCGUGCAUCCCUGCUCUUAAGUUAAGAAAUAGAAGCAUUUUGCACAAAUGUCUUUUUGAUUUCUCGACAGUGUGCAGGGAUGUCUUUGUGAGUGGACAAAUCUCUCUGCUAUGCCUGCAUGUCUUAGCAGAUACAAGUCCCAUUGGUGCUCCCAUUGUCCUGACAGUGAAGACGUUCUCUCUCACACUGUGUUUAGCUGUCUCUGUGGAGCAGAGUCAUUUUUAGAGUGCAAAAUUUAACAGCUGUGCACAAUAAAUGUAGCACCGUGCAGCAAUGUAGUUCUUUUACACUUCAGUCCUCUCACUGCAGGAAAAUCCUCACACACACACACACACACACACACACACACACACACACACACACACACACACACCUACGUUUCCUGACCUUCAGCCUGCCUGAUAUGAUGACUCAGACAGAGUAAUAAAUGUUUAUAAUGAAUGUUUACAGCCAUCAAGAAGAAACACAAACUCCCCAAAAUGAACACAAGGAGUUUGACGGUAAAUGUUUUGCUCACAGUUUACACCAAAACUGAAUCCCAGCAGCCUGUGAAAGUGUUCUGGGCUCUGAUUGGUCUAAUUUAAUGAAACAUCUGAGAUUUAAUUCUGUUUAAUACUUCAUUCUAACAGAAGGGUCAUUGAUUAGGGAUUAAAGUCCUCACUGAGAAAAAUACAAAAGGUCAUUGAGCCCUCACAGAGAGAGAGAAAGAGAGAGAGAGAGUGUGUGUGUUAAACAACAAGAAUGUCAGUGUUCAAAGUCCAGAUCUCCAAAUCUGUGGUCCACAUCCAGCCAACCAGGACAGUCCCUAAAAACUAAGCUAGAAAGUUUGAUCAAUAUAAAUGAAGAAAGAAAAGGCAGAUUAAUGAAUGAUAAUGAAGUGAUAAUAAAAAAGACAAGAGGAAGAAACAGGACACGGAUACAUAAGACAACUGACGCAGCAGGAGCAGACAGUAGUGACAGUGAGAGUGGUGAGGAGUUAGUGAGUGAGUGAGUCUGAGGUGGUUAGAGCCUGAAGACUUCCAUCUGUCACUGCAGCAGAGUAUUCACACCACAGUAAAGAAAAAAAGACUGAAAAUAUAGAAAAAUGUUGAACCAUUUUCAGAAUAAGGAUCUGAAAGAACUAAAUUUGUAUAUUAAGACUUUAAUUUCUGUACAAUUGAGAAAAGAAAUUGCUUCACUUUUCUUUCCUUGAGGAAAAAUCAGAUUCCAACUAGGAACACAGUUUUGGUCUUCCAUGUUUAAAGAAACAUGACCGACAGAGAUUAUUAACAUUUCAAAAGAAGCCCUACCCCCAGAAAGUAAAAGUGGUCACUGAUUGAAAAAGGUAUUUCAAGAAUUGCAUCACUGUUUGAUUUCCGCAUGAUUGAUCACAGUCUGUGCUAAAGUGACAGAAACAGUGCAGUCAAGAGUUGUUAGUGCAUUGACUGCAUAUGAAGAGAAAAAAAAAUGUUUUUGCUAUGAGGAGAUAUUUCCAUCCAGAAAGAAGACUAUGUGGUCAGUCAGAGCCGGACACCACUGAUCCUUCUGCACAAGAUCUUUGAGAGAGUGGCUGAUUUUCUUACUGGUUUCUGAUACUGGUCCGGAUGGACAGUUUUUACUUUGAACUAAAAGAAGUUCCAUGAAAUGAGAUUAAACAACAAUAGAAAAAUUGAUUCGGAAGGUUCAAUAAAAGAGUCCCAUCAAGGUCUGGUCAACAUCAGAAAGAAAAUGUGAAAGUUCAGAUCAUGAACUCUUUAACAAACUGUGGAGACACCACACUUCAAGUACAAGUCUUGUGAUCAGGGAGUGAUGCCCUCGAUGCUUUUUAAUGAAAUUAGAUCAUAUUUGAUCAAAUGUUUGAGGUCAGGGCAGAGCUGCUUUGUUGUUCCAGUUAAACCCUGGCAAAAUUCAGCACAUAUAUGUGUUUAAAAUAAACCACAAAAGUUAAUGAAAUAUCUUAAUGAUUAUUGUGAUAUUGAUAACAGUAACUUACAGAUCAUAAUUUCAGCCAUAAUCGUUGCACCCCUAGAAAAAAGUCUCAAUUUUAGUUUGAUUAUCCUGAUUUUUUAUUUUGAAGGUAAAUGUUGAAAGAGCAGUCAGCUGUCUACACUUUGAUAGGGAAUGUGUUGUAAAGGUUUUCCCUAGAUAAAUGUCAUUUAUUCAUGUGUUUGUUGUAUACUCUGACGAAAAAUCAUCCUGCUUUAUUUUCUCUGUCCAACGUGCUCCUCAGUCCAGAUCUGCAUGAAAAACGCCAAAAAAAUCAUGGAGCCUUGACUCAUCAAACACCUACUCUGUAGCAAAAAGUGACAAGCAUGCAAAAUAACAAUAAUGAGAUAAUUGCUCUUCUCCUUGAUGGUGGUGUUUCUCUGUUUAGGUCACACACAGACAUUAAUUUUUUAUUUUAGUCUGUGUCACAAACAGAUAAAACAACAUUUCAGUUGCUUAAAAUCCGACUGUCAGAUUACAAAGGCUAAAAACUGUGAAUAUAAAAAUAUGUAAAGCUUUUGCACUUUGUCACAGAAACCUCUCAUCUGUGGUAUCAUUUUUAUUAUCUGUUCUCCAAACCAGUUCUGGAGCAUAUUUGCCAUACAACUUGUUGACAUUUAGAUUUACUGAUAAGUCUCAGUUUGGCCCCAGGUGACACAGGAACACACAAAGUUUCAUCACUCUCAAAAAGUUCAACAAUCAGUGCAGCACAAAAGCCUCAGAGGGAUAAAAGAGGCCUCAGAUUUCUUUGAAUGUUAAAAGUUGUGUGUUUAUACGACUGACAAGGUUCAGUUUGCAUGUCCUGAAACAAAAGAACUCUCAGAGUCAAGAGUUCCUGUAGUAAACUCAGAGAAACUUAGAUGAGACAAGAUUUGGAUUAGGGCUGCGCGAUAUGGGAAAAAGUUGAUCACGGUAUGUUUUCUUCUUAUCAGUCGAUAUCGAUAUAUAUAUCACGAUAUAAAAAUGAAAUUUAACAGUGCUGAUUGGUAGCCUGUCUUUUACAAUAAACUACUGCAUCUGUGAGGUCUUUGUGUCUCUUUGACGUUUUGUCGUAAGGCGUUGCACUAGAGAAAGCGGACUGAAUGAUCGGCUGUUUCAGCUGCACAGGCGUCAUGGGCUCCUUGCUCUGCUCGGGGUUUGUAACCUUUUGCAUUGCGCGUGCUCUGCCAUGUGGCUCUGCUUCAAGUGGUGAAAAAGAUUUGAGGUAUUCCUCGACUUUACGAGAACAUGUACUCAACAUAAUUUGCAGUGCACAUUACUCUUCUUCAUGUCCGACCUCAAAAAAACAAAAUACCUCCACACCACUAAUGUUUUCGUGCCAGUGUUGUCAACAAUGUCAUCAUCUGUUGAGCCUUCAUCUGCAUUUCUGCCGGGAGUAGCACUCUUUUUUUUUUUUCUCACCGACAGUGCUGUUGGCUUCACAUGUUUAAGUGCUAUGGUUGCUUGUAACUGCAGCCUUCUACUCCACAGUUGUUUGCUUGUUGGUUCUAAUUUAGUACAUGAUUGGUUUGGCGCAAAGUGGACCCGGAGCAACUCUCCUUUUCAUUGGCUAUUCGUAUAGUCUACCAAAACAUGGCAGAAUGCCAGCUAUCAAAAAGCAUAUUGACCAUGUUUAUAUUGAAAUUGAGGGAAAUUAAUUUUCUGUAUAUCGUUAUCAUUUUAUCGCCCAGCCCUAGUUUGGAUCUUACUUUAGGUGACCCAAACUGCAUGAAAAAUGUCCUCUUAGAUAAUUUAUGUGCCUGUGGGAAAUUCAGAAGUUUUUUCUGAUGCUGCAAGAAGGUUGGGCCAAAAGAAAGUCAAGUCCAAAUUCAACCUCACCAUGAGUCUAAGGGGUCAAAUGGUCAAAUAUCUGACCAUAAAGUAGAGGUAUAUAUCUGUGAACUCGCCAGCUUUGUGUAUGAAUAAGAGAGUGACACACUCACAGCUGUUGACCUUUGACCUCUCAGAUGACUCUAAGUUCCAUCACAGACGGAGUUCAACUCUCAUCUAUCUCUGGUUUCCUCUUUAGUUUACGUUCAGCGUACCCUCACAGUGACCGCUCCAAGAACGCCGGCUUCGUGUGGUCGCCGUCUGUGGGUGUGGACGAGCUGCAUCAGGGUUUGGGCGUCAGCGUGAAGGUCACAGUCAUCAGCGAACACUUCAGAGAGCCGCUCACCUUUACCUGUGACGGUAAGACCCUGAAACGGACAUUUGAUUAAUGUAACUCGUACAGUAGAUCCAGUAUUCAGCUAAAGUGACAGUGAGUAAAUAAAGUUUUCUGUUUGUGUCUCUCUGUGUUUGAGGUUCGUCCACGGUGGACCUGCUCAUCUAUCAGACACUGUGCUACGCUCAGGACGAUUUGGACCACCUGGAUGUGGAUCACUAUCUGAUGAAGGUCUGCGGACAAGAUGAGUUCCUCAACAAGUAAGAACUCCAAACCCCGCUGCCUCUGAGAUCUGAUGUUACAUUGAUUUAUCGAGCGGCUGUGGCUCUGCGGUGUUCUCAUGACUUUUGCCUAAAUCAAACAGUAUGUACCCAUAAAGAUACUAAUAAUAAGUGAAAUAUGUUCAUAUAUAUUUUCAUAUUAAAGCCGCAUUAACAAGAAACACCUAAAUAAAUAAGGAAUCAGAAAUUAUAUAUUUUUUAAAUGAAUGCAUCGAAAGAGAUUGUAAAAUAUUAGCACAGCAUUUAUUAGCCUCAGAGAAGGUGUUACAUUUUUGUGAUACUACACAUCAGCAUGUUUGUUUUUGUUGUGUAGAGCAGGAGUUGUUUGGAUUAAAGGAUGGUGUGUGUGUGUUCAUCUCCAGUGACAAGCUGUGUGAGUUUCAAGUCUGCUUUGCAGCUGAGGCUUUGACACUGUGAGGUGUUAAUGCUGAUGUUGUGGCUUCACUCUGAGUGCACAGAGUUGUUAACAGGAAUCCAGCCCCAGCAGGCAGGUAUAUAAUGGUCUGUGUGUGUUGUGUUGUGAUUUGUUAAUCAUAUGAGCAGCUCUGUCUCUGCAGUCUGUGCCUCACACUCUGAGGUCUGUGUGUUCAGGAUGGUGAAGUUUGAGAGAAAAUAACAACCGCUCUGAGUUUUUGUUUCCCCUCAGAGCAGAAAUCAAGAGGUUUUACUACCACCAAGAGUGUGUGGUAGUGUGUUAGAGUGUGUGUUUGUUUUAUUGUGUUAAUGUGUGUGUUCUGGUCCAUCUGUGGUCUGAGCUCCAGACUCAUAAUAACAGAGUGCUGCUGAGCUGUGGCUGCUGUUAAACCAGCAACACUAAUGUGCUAACCACAACACACACACACACACACACACACACACACACACAAACCACUGUAAAGCAGCUCUCUGGGGUUUCAUACAUACAGUAACAUCAGGCCAGAACAAUGUGGUACAGCUGCAGCUUGUGUGUGUGUGUGUGUGUGUGUGUGUGUGUGUGUGUGUGUGUGUGUCCUGUCAGUGGAAGUGUGUUUCAGGCUGAUAAGCUGUGUGAGGUGGGCCAAACUUCCUGUUCUGAAACAAUAACUAAAAACUCUUUCUCUCUCUCUCUGACUUUUUCUUUCUGUCUUUUCUUGUCUUUUUUUCUUGUUUUUUUUUCCUUUGCCAUCUUCAUCUGUAUGUUUCUGUACCUGUCUCUGUCUCUACCUGCUCAUCCUCGCUCCUCUUUGUCUUUUUUACCUGGUCUGUCGUAGUUUUUCUCCCUCUCCCUCCUUCACCCCCCCUCUCCCUCUCCCUCUCUUAUUCACUGUGUGCAUUUAUCUCUGUUCGUCAGUCUCGUCCCUCUGGUUUCGUUCUUGAUUCAGUUUAACAGCCUUUAUUAGCAUGAAUGCACCUGAACCUUACCGAAAGAGUGUCGGAUGAUAAUGAUACAAAUAAAUGAGAGAUUAUUUAACAGUGAGUGCUCAUCUUCAGUAAAUAUUUAUUAUCACACACUUGUUUAAUCUGGUUGCCAUGGAAAUGAUUUGGUCAUCGUAAUAUUGAGAAUGAUAUCAUUGUGGUAAAUCCAUGAGUGCAGAUUUGUAAUCUGUGUGCACGGAUUGCAAAUCAUCUUAGGGCUUAUGAACUGUGCACACGAAAUAAUUUGUGCCCUCCUUUUAUUUUCAUGACCCGGUGUCUGUGGGACUCCGUACACAUCAUUUGAAAAUGUUUUUUUCCCUCUGGCUGAACUCUUGAGGGGAGGCUGUGGCUCAGUGGUGGACUUGGUCAUCAAUUAGAUGGUUGAGGGUUUGAUCCCAUGUCCCGCUGUCCACAUUACCAAGCAUCCUUUGGCCAAACACUUGACCCCAUCUUGCUGCUUCGAGUGGUGUUGUACUGAUUGGUGCUUUACCUAGCAGCCUCUUCCAUCUGUGUGUGACUGUGGUGUGAAGGAGUGAAUAUGACUUGUUAUGUAAACACACUUGGAGAGGUCAAAAGACUAGAGGAUGAGCGAUGCUAACACAGUCAAUUUACUAUUUAAAUGUUUAUUCUGUUAUCCUCCUGACCUUCUGUCUCACUUUGUCUUUGCAAACAAAUUUUUAAAAAUACUUUGUGUUUAAAGGGACCCAGAAAGACUAAUGAAUUGGGCAGAUUUGUGACAUUUUUAAGAACUGAUGCCGGCACUCAUGAGGUUGAUUUAUAAUAUCUGCAGACACUGCAGGCAGCCUCCUCAGUGCAGCUGGUUUUAAAUCAUUUUAAUUUGUCCGAAAUGACAUUUUCUUUUUAUUGACAGCAUAUUAAAUCUUAAACUGUUACAGGCAAUAUAAAUUCAGUUAUGUUGUAUAGAAUAAUAACAGUACAGUUAAGUGUUUCUCCUGGCAUAAAUCACAGUGUUCUGUGAGAAUCUGAAGCAUUUUUUGAUGAUAGGUGUUGUUACAAAAUUUUUGUAUUCCAUCAAAUGCAAAAAAAAAAAAAAAACAACAACAGUAACAUCAACAGAGUGACACUGUUUAACAUAUGUGCCAUCAGCCUACCUGAUGUCUAAUUCCCAGUGUUGGCUGCAGCCGUUGAUGACAAUUUUGGUCAAUGACGAGAUAUUGAUAAAAUGACACAAAACAUUAACAGAGGGGAAAAAGGUGUGAAUAAUUUCUCUCUCUGUCUCUCUACCUCUCCUCUUCUCUCUCUCCCUCUCUCUCUCCUUCUCUACCUCUCUCUCAGCUCUCAGACUCUGGCUGGUCUGGAGUUUGUCCAGCAGUGUCUGAAGUUCGACUGGGAAGUACGACUGUUUCUUACCAACAGAUCAGCCAUCAACACCGAGCUGGCCCGCACGGUAUGAGGCUCUGCAGUGAUUUAUGACAUUAUUGCAGUAUAUUACUGUUAUAUAAACUUUAAUACACCUAGAUUUAUUGUUAUAUAAAUGUUUUAUCAGUCUAUGAUGGUUUUCAUUGAUAACAUAAUGAUUAACAGACAGAAGGUAUAGAAACAGACAAACACAAGAAGGCACCGCAUUACACCUGCACAAUGACAGUAAAAUUAAGGUUAUUCUGGGAAAAUUUUGUCCUGAUAUUUUAACUGACAGGCAGCAUCAGAUCUCAUAAAGAGGUAGCAGAUUAUAUAAUAACAGAUUAUAAUUUCUAAAUAUAUCACCAGGCUAAGACACAUAAUAAGACAUGUUAUCUUGACUGGAUCAUAUUUCAGGUGUAUAGUGUACAAAAUAACAGGAAAGAUUUCUACAAUUUGAGAGAUUUUAAAAAUAAAUCCAGCUGUUAUUAACAUCUGAGUGUGGCAUCAGAAGUUUCUGUGCUCUGGCUGCUCUGUUAGUACACCCUACACUUAGCCUGCAAGUCUCUUGAACUUCUUUCAAGAGUGAGGAAGUUAUUGUCUAUGUGGAUCAAAGUGAGAACCAUCCGAGGUGAGGAGCAUACUGUACAUAAAGCAUAUUUUGUUUCGUACUACUUGAACAGCAAAAUCAGAUCUAUCUCUACUGUUUUUGCCUUCUGAUAUAACGCACAGUCCAUGACUCCACAUGCUUUAAUAACACAAGCAGGAGACGUGCAGUACUCAAACCAAUGUCAUGAAAUGGAUCUGAGUGCUUCAUACGUGGAUUCUUUUAUUGUAUCAGAGACUGCAGUGUGCUGUCCCAUCAUUUUGAUUUAAUGACAAACCAGAGCUAGUUAGAUUUCAACUUUAAUUAGACUCCCCAAUGUCAUAAAAGAUGAUUAUCAAGACUGAAUGAUUAUUGUGUCCCUUUUACACCCUCUCUCUCUUUUCCAUAACAGCAGAGCAUGGGUGUUGCCCCUCCCUUUAAACAGCUUUCUUUUUCACUUCAUCUUUACAAGCUUUAUUCUAUAUGUAACCAAAUUUGGGAGCACCAGGAAGUUGCUGCCCCUGCUUAGAUUAAAAAUAGAAUUAACAUAUUACUUAAAAAACAAUAUCCAGUUCAACAGACAGACAUGCUUUAGUAGACAAAAACAGAGAGCAGCAACCAUCAGUAUAAAUCACAAUAAUGGUAUACAGCAGAGUUAUUCAUUUUAUAUUUUUUAUUGUCUCAGUCUGUAGAAAUGUUGUUUUUUUGUAGAGCAUGCAUCCAAACUAGCAUCUAACAUUAAUCCAACAAGGUCAGCAUGACUCAUUAAGUGGAGUCCUUUGAUAAAUGGUGAGGGUGAAUUUAAAUGAGCACGGUGCCUUGAGUUUGAGUAGACGUAAAAGUCACUGAGGAUUGAAGUGUGAAGAGCAGGUACUAAAGAAGGUUUUAGUAGCAGGUACUAAAAGACAAAGAGUGGAUUAUUAUCCCGUAAUUAUAGUGAUGUUUGUAAAACUCUCACCUGUCAUCAACAGAAAGAAGACGAUGACACCUUAUCCACCAUGAACCACAGCAUACUACUGCAGGAGCGACCAAUCAAACAGACCGUCACAAGGUGGGGAGCUCAAGAGAUGCAAAUGUUUGAUUAUUAUUCACUGUGUUGAUUAUAAACAAAUGAGUUAUUUACCUGGAGGAAUAAACACAAGUCUGUUUUAUUUUCAUGUCUCUUUCUAUAUGAUCAGGGAGGCUUUAACUCUACUGCUCGACACUUUUCACAAUGAAGCCGAGUCCUUCCUGCUGUCAGAGGUAACGCACACACACCUACACGCUCUCACACAUGUAAAUCUGUACCUGUGAAGAUCCUACCUGAAAUGUCUUUGACAGAGCUGCCAGGUAGACGUGUCCUUAAGCAUCAUCCUAAUGUCUGGAGCUUGUGCUUCCAUCUUUGUGUCUCGUGUUAAAGGACUUUGAUGUGGUUUAUCCUGGACAUCCAGCAGUGUGACAUUGUCCUCAUGUAUUUGCAUGUGGAUCAUUACAACUGGGUCCUCUUUGAAAUGGAUAAAGCCUCUUACCUGUACAUGCCUAAGGAAUAAAGCAUUUAAGACGUAUCAGACAAACUAGUGACAUUUCAGCUCAGCUCAAACCCAUUUUUAUUACCGCAAGAGAAUCAGUACAAAGCCCUUUACAAAACAACAAAGAGAGGACAAAAAGAGAGGAACCUUGAGCUUGCCUGUCAAUCCUAAAACCUCUGAGACUAGAAAACAAGUAUCAGUAGGUAAAACAAAAACACAGUUUCUUAUCAAGGUUUCAGAACCAAUUUGAAUAUUGAACUUUCUCCCACACACAGUUUAAAUGUCACCAGAUUAACCCACUCACCUCUGUCUCCCGUCUUUUCCUCUGCAGGUAGAACUGCCGCUGCAUGUGGAGCGCCUCGUCCAAUCAGUGAAGGCGCUCUGUAGCUCGUUAGCUGCUGUGGAAACCCCCGACGUGACCUCUGCCCUCAGUCAGCUCCCAGCAUGCCCCUGUCGUCUGCAGCCCAAGGUCCUCAAGGUGAGAGAAGCUGCAGAAGUUCAGAUGGAGUUUUAACUGUCUUCUAAAGACAGGAGGGUCUUCGCUCUGACACUCAGCUUGAUGACUUCUAAUCAGAUUCGUCUCUUUCAUUUGUUUCUCUUUUCCCAGGAUGCUUCAGUGCUGGCUGUCAGAGAGAACAGAGGUAUGAAAAACACACAACACUGACUAAAUAUAAGACGCAAAACUAUGUUAAGUUGUCUAUCCAAAUCUUUGAAUAGACUCCCUCUUAUGUUUUAGAUAAAUAUCAUGAAUGAAUCUUUGGCUGAUUAUAUAUUCUUUACUUUGGCGGACAUAUAUUUAUUUGACAUUCUUGUCUGACAGACAAAGUGGUGGAGAAAUUAACAGCCGCCAUCUUGGAUCUGGUGGAGCUGUACUGCAGCACCUUCAACGCCAACUUCCACACCACGCCCCAGAGCCAGAGCUUUACAGCGCCCAUCCAGGAGGCGGGGCUGGUCACCAACGUGUUGUCGUUCAACGUGUACGCCGCUCAUCGCAUCCCCAUCACCUGGGCCGCCAGGUACAACCACAUAAACACAUGCAAAUACAGCCACACUCACACAGCAUCACAACAUAGUGGUGUUGUUGAAGAGGCUUUCUGCUGGUGUCCCCUGCAGGCUACAACGAAUACUACAGCCUCAGUUAGAACAAACAGAGUGAUGAUUCAGCUGAUCUCACACUUAGAAACAAAAGCAGCUCAGACUGAGAGGUGCUGCCCCUCCCCCAGACACACACACACACACACACACACACACACACACACACACACACACACACACACACACACACACAGGCACUGCUGUAACAAAGGGCUGACUGCCUGGGAACCAGAGCUGACCUUUGACCUUAGAGAGGAGGCCUGGCACCUGGCUGUCAGCAUCACACACCAUCUGUGUGUUUGUGUUUGUGUUUGUGUAGUGAUGGUAUUUAACUGAGCAUGUUUACUAUAAUAACCAUGUAUUAAUGGAGUAUUAUUCGAGUAUUUUUGAAGUCUGACAUUUGUAGAAGUAUUUCUAUGUCUUGCCACUUUUAACCUCACUACAUUAAGCAGCCAAGUCCAUGUGUGAGAGAGCCAGGUGAGGAAAAAUAAUCAGGUUCCCUCUCUCAGGUUGGGUCUGAAUUGUGCCUUAAUGUUUUAAUACAGUACGUUUAUUGACAUCUCUUUGAAAAGGCAUAUUUCAAGUGUUUGUUGUUGUUGUUGUAAUACUUUUUCUGUCCACAAGAGGCUGAAGUGCAGCUCUCCUCACAGCAGCCAGACAAGACAGUCAUUUAUGAGAACAAGACUACAGUGGACAGACCACUUUUGUAGACACCAGGCUAUCUCUCUGUUGGUUUGAGCCCCUUCACACAUGCACACCUGGAAAAUUUUCUAAAGUACUUGUUUCAUGGAGCUUCACUUUGGUGUGGAGAGGGGGGUCUGAAGUGGUGGGACAUGGUGCAAAAAGGACACUGCUGUACUCACAGUGUACAAGAUAUUCUAGACUUCUCAUAAAGCCUUUCUCAACGGGUCUGACUCUAUGGUGAUGUUUUUUGUCUUUUCAUGCUGCAUGUAAUUAAGCGUCUUCACAUUAGGGCUGUCACAGUGUACCGUUACUGAUGGUAACCAUCUUUUCUUGUUGUGUGUAAAAUAAGCACAUAGUUAUGAUGUUAUCAAAGUCGUGGUCCUUUGUGAUGGUUAAAGGAGAGAUGAAGGAGAAGCAGCAGCUGCUAGUGAGCUAGCUAUAGCAUCCCUCUGAGAGAUGAUUAGACACUUAAAUAUACUGACAUUCACAGAUUAAUUAUGAAUUAAAAAAUAAGAGGUUAUUAUCUUGUAGGAUACAAAAGCAUUUGAGACUGAUUAAACACAAAGUAACCAUAAUAUUCGUAUAAUCAGUUUAAGUCUUCUGUAUUGAGUCAGUGGUUGAUAACAGCUUUAGAAUCUUAAGUUUUACUUUAAGUUUAAGAUGUCACAACUUUAACUUGUUCAGGCUCAGGAUGUUGAAUUUCUGUCAAACUUAAACACCUCUUUUGUCUUCUUCUUUUCACUGCUCUCUGAUUGGUCAGUUACGAGGGGUUCUUCCUGUCCUGCUCUCUGACCCAUGGGGGGGUGGAGCUCUGCGCGCCGCAGCACACCAGCAAACAGUCGGUCAGCAAAUACCUGUUCCACCUGGUGAUGUGGGACCAGAGGUAUGUAGUGUCGCCUCUCGCUCUGUGACAUCAUCCAAAUGUUUUCAAGCUGCACCCCCCUUGAAACGUAUAUGUCUCUGUGUCUGUGUGUGUGCUUGCAGGGUGUGUUUCCCGGUGCAGAUCAACCAGCUACCCCGGGAGUCCCAGCUGACCGUGACCCUGUACGCCAGCUCACUGCCGCCCCCUGGAGGAGCGGAGGAGAAGGGGAAGCAGCGGCGCAGCAUCGAGGCUCUUGGCUGGGUCACCAUGCCGCUCUUUAACUUCAGACAGUGAGUCACAUAAGCCUCUGACAUAGAAAUCUGCAGGGUUACUGCUGCGCCUGGUCAGCUGUUUUCCUCUGUUCUCUGUGUGUGUACUAAGCUGAGUGAACCAACCUUGGUCUGGAAAAAGUUUGAUUGUUUUAGAUUAUUUCUAAAUUUGAGAUAAAUUCUGACCUUGUUUCGAAACCUCUUGUCAUUGUUUGGUUCACGAAUUCCCCCUUCUCCCCUCGCUAAGAUGUGAAGCCUUUGUGAUGUCAUUUCCUCCACUGCAGUAGGUCACUUCCUGCUGAUGAGGCGUGUGCGUUGACUGAUAAGAGUGUGUGUUUGCGUUUCUGCAGCAUCCUGACGUGUGGCAGGAAGUUACUUGGCCUGUGGCCUUCAACUCCAGGGAGCGGGAACGCCCGGACCAGCUCGCCCAACUUCAGCCAGCCGGACAGCGUGAUCCUGCAGGUCUUGCUCUGUCUGUUAUUCCUACUCCAGACCACGCUUAGAAAAGUAUUUCACAGCUUUAGUGACACUGGUAUUGUGACUGACAAUUAAAGUUUUGACAUAUUUUGAGGAGAUGUAGAUCCGACUUUGAGUUCAGAGCAGAUUAAUGAGGGAGCUGCAAAGAGCUGAUACUGACUAUUAGAGAGUCUACGACACACACUGAGUCAGGUACAGCUCAGACGACCAGUGUAAUGAACAGUCUGAGCUCAGACAAACACACAUUAGCUUUCUCUGUGUGAAUGUGCUGAAUGAGCUGUAAGUAGCAGAACUUAGCCAUAAAUAUACCUCCACACUGGACCCCUAUAUGUUUGUUUUCUAAUUCUGAUCCAUUUUAGAUGAUUUUUGCUUGAAAUAGGGUUUUAAUUAUCAGCAGUGAUAUGGAUAGACUUUGGAUGUAGUAAGUCCUAAGGACCUACAGGAUAAACAGUUGUUUAGUCAGGUUUAUUUAAAAAGUACGUUAACCUUUGAAAAUAGUUUAUUUUAUAAUCAUGGCAAUACGUUUAAAAAAGUUUCCUUUCAGAGUUUACUGGGACACAGUGGUAGAAGGAUAUGUGCAGAGGUCAUUUGAAGUCAAGAUAGACAGCAUGCACAAGUAUAUGUGCAAAUUUAAAGCCAAUUUAGAAACAGAUAUAGAAAAAGAAAAGGUGUAUUUGAGUUUUUAGGACAGACACUGUCCAGUAUCUGAUUAUUCUCUGAUGUUUCUAGCACUCUGAAACUAAAACACAACAUGCUGAAGAUUUUCAUUUUUCCUCCUACCUCCUUAAAGACAGCGAAGGAAUUAUGUUUGAAAGUUUCUGAUUGUUAAUUUUAAAAAGAAAACGUGAGAAAUUGAAUAUUUGGUCCCAGAAUUAGUUUUUUUUCCAGAUCGGCAGCUAAGAUUUGUGACGAUAUGUUAAUAGUGAUAUUUUUAUACCCUCACAAAAGCCCUCAUUAAAAAGUAGGAUGAUUUUACAAUCAGGAAAAUAAAAUGCCAUCUUGUAUUUCAAACCAUCAGGGUGCCUUUGUUACAUUAUCUAUUUCUGUGUACUACUGUCUACCAUGUAACCUAGCAACAAAAAAAGCUGUUUCUUCAACCUGCUGGUCCGACACCCGCCCCCUCACGGCAGUUUCAGGUUUAAAAUAUGACAAAUGAAAAAUAUUCAGCCUUGUUGCUGAAAGUCUUUUGCUUGUGUCAGUUUAAGCCUGUUUUUCAACCGCUUCAAAACUCUUCAUAAGACAUUUAAUCAUGUGAAAAUGCAAAGAUGUGGUUAAUAGAGCAGUACUUUAGAAUUCUGAACUUUUAACAAUCCUCCUAAUAUACUGAAGCUCAGCUCUCAGCCUCCUCUGACAGUUUGUGUCUUCCAAAUAACAAGAAAUUAGGUCAUUCAUUUGUUUUGCAUGUCAAUAAACGUGCUGUUUUAACUUCAGCUGUGAGAUGUUUUAAAGCUGGCAGCAUAAUUGAAGUAUAAAUGUACACAUCUUGAUAAAUUUCAUUUUUGAUCACUGGAGGAAAAAUAGUUUCGUUCAUGCUUGUAUUUUUGUGUUUUGCUAGUUUUCCAUUUCCACACUAACUUAGACCUAGACUAAAUUUCUAUUUAAUUUGUUUAUCUGAGAUAUGAGUAAGCUGUAUAAGUAGACGUAUGCUGAAUAACCUCAUGUUGUUUUCCAUGUCUGUGAGUUUGUAUCUGGCGCCUCCUGGUGUGUGUGAAGUGAUAGACACACAGUCAAAGUGUAAACCUGCAGGCGCUACAACUAGCCCCAGUUUCAUCCACAUAGAUGGAGAGAAAGAGGGGAAAAAAAGAUUUUUUUUAAAUUUUGAAACAUUUAACAGAAGCUUGAUUUUAGUUUUUACAUACACUCACACACACACACACACACACACACACUUGCACACAUACACACACAGUGUGAGGCUGUAAGUAGGUCAGUCCAAAUCUCUGACUCUUUGUUUCAGUGCAGUCGACUGAAUCAGCAUCAGUUUUUUUCCUGAUUAAAAUCUCAUUUAAGUUCAGGAAAGAUCAAACACACACUCACUUACACAAACACACACAAAUACACACAGACACACACUGCUCUGUCCGAGGCAUCCUUGGUUUCAAAGGAAUAUUCCACCUGUAUGUGUUUUGUGGAGGAGAAAGAAUUUGUUGGAUUUUCAGAUUUAUAACCAGAGCCUUGAAGAAUUAAAGAAAUGAAACACGUUUGUAAAAGAUCUACAUCUUUGGAUCGACUUUGGCUUCAGGGCAACAUGAAUUGGCCUCCAGAGUCAAUUAGACCCAAAUAUAAAGUAUAAAAACUGUGCAUCAAUGAACUAAACAUACCAGACAGCAGGUUUUGCUGAGAGUGAUGAUUUUCCAGGUUGAAAAUGAAAAAAAAACUGAUCUGUAAUCAUCCCAAAGUGAGGAAUUUUUGAGCUCCAUUAAAAGAUAGAUGUCUGUGUGUCUGUUUCAGGUGGACUUUCCCACUUCAUCUUUCGAGGUCCGGUUCAGUACACCUCCUCCUGCAGACUUCUGCCCUCAGUACGACUUCUCCAGACUGGACACCAUCAGUCAGAUCCAGCUGCAGGAUGUGCUGCACAAAAAGGCCUUCUUCUGGUCAGACACACACACACAGACACACACACACACACACACACAUUACAAAAAGUAUGUUUAAUAACAGUUUCCUGGUGUCUGCCAGACAGGCUUUAUCUGCAGAGGUGUAGCAGAGAGGAGCAGGUGAGGGCAAGAUAAAGCGGAUGCAGCAAAAAAUCAGACAUGGGUUUUCAUUUCAUGGAGAUAGCACCUUCACCUUCUGAUGUUUGUGUAUCUUUUUUCAUAAAAUGAAGCUGAGGAAUUUUCUGAUGGUUAUUGGUCUACAGAAAAAGCAACUUAAACUGUGCUGUCAUCCUCUGAUCAGGAUUAGAGGGGGAGCUGAGCUGGGCUAAAAGCUCAAGUGAAAUACACUUUAAAUUCCAUAAACCAGAACAAAGCAAACAGAGGAAGACCUGUUUACCAACAGAAACAGAGGAAGGGUAAAUAAAGGGCGUCUCAAACGAAUGGGGUGUUGAUAAAGUUGGCCUGUAGCAGAUUUAUUAUCAGCUGGCACAGCUGCAGGAGCGUCUGAUGUGCACACAGAUCUUCUACAGUGAAGCUGAGUCAGCAGACAGAGAUGCUCCAAACAGUCUGAUAGAGACCAUAAUUCACAGAAAUAGGUUUUUAAAUGAUGCAGUUAUUACAGAGUUAUUACAUGAAAUUUAAACGAAAACCUGCAAGACACCUUUCAGUUUUCUGUUUCCAAACAACAAAAAUUAACUUUCAUUAAAAAAAAUUCUGCUUUUUUUAAUUAAAUGAAUUAAUUUUAAUUAAAAAAAUAAUAAUAAUACUCAAUAAAUAAUCAGUGUAGCACAUUAGAAAUAAAAUGGGUGUACUUAUAAAACCUGGUGCUUUGUACAUUCUCUCUAUGCAUUUAUUAAUUAUAUUUUCGCAGGACAGAAAUAUUUUGGGAGCUUCAGAGUUCGUAGAUCAGUGUAUGUUGACUCUGCAGUGUCUCUGCAGGUUGACGGCGGAGGAUAAGCGUCUGCUGUGGGAGAAGAAGGCUUUCUGUCAGGCUGAGAGCGCAGCACUGCCUCUGGUUCUGGCCAGCGCCCCCUGCUGGCAGUGGGCCUGUCUGCCUGACAUCUAUGCCCUGUUGAGGCAGUGGGCCUGCCUGAGUCACCUGGACGCUCUGGGGCUCCUCCACGGCUCGUACGUUCCCCUUUAUCUGUCUGUUUACCUCUCUAUGUGCACGUAAAUUACAUUAUCAUGUCUACCUGAGUGACAUCAACACGUCUGUGUUUCAGGUUCCCUGAUCAGGAGCUAAGGAGGACAGCAGUCCAGUGGAUGGACUCCAUCUCAGACCCAGAGCUGCUGGACUUCCUGCCUCAGCUUGUUCAGGUAAAGUGAGGGCUGAAAUCAGAGGCUUUUAUUUUGUUGAUUGCAGGUAGCUCUUGCUUUUAUUUUGUAAAAUCUCCUAAAUUGUGAAUAAUGACACUCCCCUGUUUAUGACUCUGUUGAAGUCGUGUUUUGGUAUCAUCUCUCCUUUAAAAUGAAUAUUUCACUUACUGUUAAGCUCCUGUGAUUAAAAUGAUUUCCAGUGGGUUUAUAAGACUGCAGACAGUAAAUUUAAGUAACUUCCCUCAUUAUGUUUCACUGAGAUCAAUAAAACAGUUAUUCAAAUACCAAGGAUUCAGAAAUUCAGACACCAACUAAUCAGGUGAAAGAAGAGCAGAAACUCUAAUGCUCUGUGAGUUUCAUUUACAGCUUCAGUCACAGUCAUUUGGUGUGUUUAGAGAGAGAUCAGCUGGUAGUGUCAAAAAAUCCUUCUCUAUUUCUGCAGGGAUCUUUUCUGUUGUUCUGUAAGACUCUUAAGAAGCAGAAACAAGAGCUUCAGUGAAUGACUUUAGUAAGGAGCAUUAGCACUUUUAGGUAGAUUAGGUCACAGUUCUUACAGUCUGUUGUACUUUUCCGGAGUGAAGCAGAUUACUGCAGCAGUUACUGAAGAUUUUAUGCUUUUCAGCGGCUGACAUCUCAGAUUAUUUCAGAUUAUUUCAGUCCAUCUACCAAUUGAGGGCGCAGGAGUGAAGCCAGAGUUGAGAGAAGGCGUCUGUAAUGUGCUGCACUUGCUCUCUGAUAUCUGUUCAUAAAAAGUUAGGUCUUCAUGAUGAUAAAAGAGUUGUAUUAAGGUGAAGUGGUUCAACUGUUUGCUCUGCACGAACCCGUGUAAAGUCAAAACCUGUUGAAACACUGUAGAGCCAGUUAAGCUACAAAAACCUCUAUAUAAUGUCUCCACAUUCAGAGUCUGUAAGAAACAAAGAGCUGUUUGUGUUUUUAUUUGAGUAUAUGCAUACAGCAGGACUUUUAGUGUGUCUGUCUCCAGAGCUGAUCCUGAUGAACCUUUUCUUUUCGUCUUCAUGUUUCAGGCUCUGAAGUAUGAGUGUUACCUUGACAGCUCUCUGGUUCGUUUCCUCCUACGACGAGCCAUCGGGGACGUUCGCAUCGCUCACUACCUCUUCUGGUAAGCAGCUGUCUGACCUACAGGAACACACAGAGUUAGCUGGAGUCUGAUAGAAACAGAGGUCAGUGUGGACAAGGGAUAGUUUAGCUCAUUUUAGUGUGGUUCUGUGAGAGACAAAUCUGGAGUCAUAAGGGGAUGAGAACCAGGACAGAAGCUAGACAGGGUCUCUGUGGGGGUUAAAUAGAAACACAGAGAAGAGACUGAGUGUAACAGAGGGAGUCUUAAAUGAGCAGCAGAUAUUUGUUAUUCGACACGGCUGAAAUGAUGUCUGAUCAGGACUUUGAUUGGGGUCAGGUCCUUGUUAAGUCAAGAAAAUUUACACCAGAAAAAUAACCUCUUAACUCUCAGCAAUGAUGGAUUUCAGUGAGUUUGUCUUUUCAUAAAAACAUAAAAAUAUAAUAUAAAAAUACAUAAAAAAUGUCUCUCAGGCUGCUGAAGGACAACCUGCAGGACAGUCAGUUCAGCGCUCGCUAUCAGCACCUGCUGGCCGCUCUGCUCUGCUGCGUCGGCAGAGGUCUCCGAGAAGAGUUCGACCGUCAGUGCUGGCUCGUCUCCGUCCUCACCAAAGUGGCUCACAAAGUUCGGGACGCCACACCGUCCAGCAGACAGGUGAGGGAACAGAAUAGUCCUAAAGGCUCUUCAUAAAAUCAGAGAAUGAAAAGAGAAAGUUUUUGAUUGUUUUUGUUUUCUCCUGUUAAUUUGUUUUGUUGUGUUUUAUUUCUUCACUGUUGUUUUUUGUUUUGUUGUUAGUUUUUUCCUUUUUUCUUAAAAAAAAACAGAUCAUUGCAAUUCUAGUUGCCUUCUGGAAAACCUUGAAAAAAUAACAUUAGCUCUCUUCAAAAAAAAACACUUUAAUCAUUAUUUGAAUGUAUUUUAAGUCCAGCUCAUUUUUGACACGCAGUGUUUUGCCCCUGAAACAAUUUAGUUUGCUGUAUAGUUUUAGAGAGAUAAACAUAAAAAAUAUUCCCCCGUGGGACACUGCUAAUUUAUAAUGAAACAAACAAAAAAUAACAUUUGACCAAAAGAUUUGCUGAUUUUAUGUUUGACACUUUGAUGAAAAUGAAUAUUAUCCUUCACAUUUAAAUUGUUUCUGACUCCUUUAUGUUUUGUUUCAAUGCAGUGACAGUCCAGCAGAGGGCGACAUGUCCAUAACAAACAGACACUGUGAUAUCAGCACGUUAGCUUUAAUGAUACAGGAUAAUAAUAGGAAUAAUAUAUAAGGCAUGUAUUUAUGUGCUUCAGAGUGUCCUCAAGGAGGGUCUGGAGGAGAUGAAGCAGUUUUUUGCCAUGAACAGCAGCUGCAGACUUCCUCUGAACCCAGCGCUGCUCGUCACAGGGAUCAACAUCCAGGUACUGAACCAGACACACGCCUCUACACCCAUCUACCCUAUUCAUCUGUUACCACACACACACACACACACACACACACACACACACACACACACACACACACACUGUCAGAAAAAAACAAGCAGUUUGAAAAUGCAUGUCUAAACUUUCAGUUCUCCGCUUUGUUCCCAAAAGUUUUUUUUUUUUUCUGAAAUGUGGUUCAGACGUUUUCAUAAAUCAGCUGUCAUCAGCAAAAAAUGUCUAGGAACUUCUCAAAAUAUGAAGUAUACUCAGGAGCAAAAAACAACUUUUUAUUCUGUUCGCUACACAGUCCAGUUACCAACUUUUUUUGUGCGUUUGUGUGCUCAGAUCAAAUGUGAUGCUGCAGACCAGUCAAAAGUCAAGCUUUUUCGGGUCCAUCCUCAAGAGGACCAGAAAUCAAUUUUGAAAAAGUUUGCUUGUUGAUCGGAGGUCAGAUCUGAUGCAUUCAGGGAAGUCAGGAAAUCUGAACACUGUCUUCAGCAGUUUAGUAUCUCAGUGUGAAUGUUUGAUCUGGGACAGAUUGUUUGCCAACUUUCUUGCAGAUAUUAGAAAUCCUCCCCACACCACCAGCAAUGGCAGCUGGGAUGUCAUUGUGUCGACUUUUUUGUUCUGCCUGCUUUUGCUCUCCACACAGGCAGUAUUUACAUGUAGUAGAGCUUUGUUUGUAGACUUUUUUUUAAAGGUUACUGAAGUGUUUCUAACUGAAAUCCAGUGAUUUUUUGUUUGUUUUCAUCAGAACUGUCUCUUUUCUCUGUUUUUCAGUCGUGCUCCUUCUUCAACUCCAAUGCCGUUCCCCUCAAACUGUCCUUCCAAAACCUCGACCCUCUUGGUGACAACAUCAGCGUCAUCUUCAAGGUGAGACGUCACACCUGUUUGUCUCCCUCCAGUCUGGUUUUAAUAAGCUGACCUUUGACCCUGAUGUCACUGUAUCUGUCCAGUCAGGAGACGACCUGCGGCAGGACAUGCUGACCCUACAGGUGAUCCGGAUCAUGAAUAAGAUCUGGAUCCAGGAGGGUCUGGACAUGAGGAUGGUCAUCUUCAAGUGUUUCUCCACUGGGAGAGGGCGAGGUGAGGACGGCUCAGGAGUGAACGUGGUUACAGGGGUAGACUUUAUAUAGUACGGUUAAAGGUGUAUACCAUGAAGGACAGGUAUACGCCACAUGUGGACAGGUGUUGACUGAUCUGGGCAUAGUUUAGGUUUUAACGUAAGGCGGACAGGUGUACAGAGGAACCACAGGUGUUUACUAAGAGGGCAACACAGCUGGAAGAGUGUAUAUAAAAGAGGACAGGUGUGUCUGACAGGGGGACAGGUGAGAACCACGUAGACAUCACAGGAGCACCAAAGGAGUACAGGUGUAUCCCACCACAUACCAGUCUCUGGAAAGGUAUGAUUGACAGGUGUGUUGUCACCUGUUCUCAGGUAUGGUGGAGAUGAUCCCUCACGCCGACACCUUGAGGAAAAUCCAAGUGGAACACGGAGUCACGGGGUCGUUCAAAGACCGACCGCUGGCUGACUGGCUGCAGAAACACAACCCUACUGACGAGCAGUACGACAAGGUAAACACGCCUGAGCACACACCUGGACAUGCUGCGAUCAGUGCAGGUCCCUCCUGAGGAAACUUAAACUGUAUUUCCUGUUUAAUGUAGAUGUUAAGUUGGAAACUCAUGAAUCAUCUUAGUUCACCAUAUCAGGUACAACUGUAACUGCUCUGACUCUGAGCUACAGGACUCACCUGAUUCACCUGAGCAGUAUUCUUACCCUGCAGGAGGAGCCGUCCAUCACUUACAUAAGGAUAAGCUAAAAUAGGAGAAUGUAAAUACGAUAAACCCAGAAAUACUCUCUCUCUGUGUCUGUUCAGGCGGUGGAGAACUUCAUCUACUCGUGUGCCGGCUGCUGUGUGGCGACGUACAUCCUGGGAAUCUGUGACCGCCACAAUGACAACAUCAUGCUGAAGACCAGCGGUCAUAUGUUUCACAUCGACUUUGGGAAGUUCCUGGGACACGCGCAGAUGUUUGGAAACAUUAAACGGUGAGGGGUUAUUUUCACAUCUUAAUACAGUACACAGAGACAAACAUGUAGAGUUGCCCCUGGUAUAGUAUGAUAUAUAGUAUAAUAUAGCAGUAUAGUAUAAAUAUAGUACAGCAUACUGUAGACCGGGGUUAGUGAGAGACGAUUAGAAACUGUGUGCUUGCAUAAGGAUUUGGUGUCACAGGUGCAAGGAAGAAUACAUAAGAGGAAAAGGAUGUAGGAUGAUGGAUUAACAGAAACAACUGUGUAUCUUGAGAUGUGGAUCAAACUCGGCCCAGGAGAGGACCUGGUUCCUCUUUUUCAAAAUCCCAAAUCACUAACAUUUGAUCUCAUCAUUGCUUUGACAGAGUCUCACAGGACUCUUAAUGAUAUACCUCGUUUGGAGCCACAGUUAAUCAAAUCACUGCUGCGUACAUCCAAACUGAAGAUAGACUUAUUUCUGUGUUUGCUGAAGAAUCAGGCUGAUUAUUGACAUUUGACCUAAUCAAUAUGAUAUCAGCAUCAGCCCUCACAAGGUCCAUAUCACCAUCAUCUUUCCUAUAUGAUGACACAUUUUUCCACCCUGAAUUACAGCUUAUCAAAUCUGAAACAGCCGCUGGCUAGAGUUUGAUUCAAAUUCUGUUUUAAUGUCUUUAACAGUAACACUGCAGUUUAAUAUUGCUUCUGGCAUAAAUAUCAGCCAUGUUUUGAAAUCUGUAGGAUCACCCAGUGUAUUAGCUUUUCCAUUUAUUCAUUAAAACUGUGUCUAUUUCUUCUUGGUUAGCUAUGACAACCCUGCAAACAAGAGUUUAAUGUGCAUGAAAUAAUUCAUUUGAACUCUAAUAUUGACUAAUUUUUUAUCUAUGUAUGUUUUUCUUUAUACUUUUCUUACUAUUGAACAAACAAGAUGGUUGCAUCAUAUGUUGAACAAUAAAAGCAGUACAUUAAAUGUGAUAUGCUCUACAAAAGCGUUUCAUAUCAGCUGAUUUUCCAGAAUUAAAUACAUUUCUGCUCUUUAGACUGUGUGAGGGAGUUAGAGGACUAUUUGAGACAGUCUGGCAGCCUGUGUGCGUCUACUGCACACAGUCUGUUUAGUGUGUCUCAUGUAGGAUAACUUGCCACUUUCUAACCUGUGACUUCUGCUCUGCAGGGACCGAGCUCCCUUCGUCUUCACCUCCGACAUGGCGUACGUCAUCAAUGGAGGAGACAAACCGUCGAGCCGCUUCCACGACUUUGUGGAUCUCUGCUGUGAGGCAUACAAUCUGAUCAGGAAACAUACACACCUGUUCCUCAACCUGCUGGGCCUGGUGGGUACAACACACACACACACACACACACACACACACACACACACACACACACACACACACACACACACACACACACAUACAUACGGAGUCCUGCAGCUGGAACAAUAUCUACCAUGUUCAUUAACAUGCACAAACCUUUUCAAAACUGUAAAGUUCUGUAAAAAUGUGUUUUUUCUUAAGUAUCAUAAUAACAGCAUGUAUGUGUGUGUACGUGUGUGGGUGUGUUUCUGUAGAUGUUGUCCUGUGGGAUCCCUGAACUCUCUGAUCUGGAUGACCUGAAGUAUGUUUAUGACGCACUGAGACCUCAUGAGUCAGAGGCCGACGCCACCAUGUACUUCACCAGGUACACAGAUUUACACACACCAGGGUUACCAUGUGAACUAAAAUGAUCCCAGUUACUUUUUCAUGCUGUGAAGUCAAAUAGUCCCAGGGCUGAGGGAAAUCCAUGUACACUUCUUAAUUUUCUGAUUUAAAAGCUGCUGCAAGAAGAAAAAAAGAAAAGGGGAACUGUGGAGGUGAAGGGAUAGAGGCAAAGUUCUGCCUCGUUAUAGUUCAUAUUCAAAACAAAAGUGAAAGUCACAUGAACAUGUUGUUUUGAAGUCGAUAAGAGAUGUAGGUUCUGAUAGAGCCUCUUUCGACAGCCUGUUUUUGUCAGACUGGUUUCCUGCUGAUAAACUGUUCUCAUGAUUCUCCUCAUAGAUUAAUCCAAUCAAGGUGAUUAUCUGCAAACAUACCACUGAUCAUAAUGUAUAGAAACAAAAACCAUGUCUCACCCAAACACAAAGAACUCGUCCUAAUUCUGUCAGUACAGCAGUAUUUAAAAAACAAGGUUCCCACUGAUCUUUAAAAAGUCCAACAAAGUCUAAACUAAGUUUUGGAAGUUUAAGGUCAUCAAACUUUUUACUCAAGAGAGGUCAUGAAUAUGAGACGUUACAUGUUAGAGACAUUUUCAAAUCUAAACUGUCUAAAUACAGUUUUAUCCUUCUUGCUGUUUGUGGAUCUGCUUGACAAAAACGGGUUUUACAGCUGCAUAUUUUGUUCGUAUUCACAGCAAAGGAAGUGAAGAUGAAAUUAUGCAAAGUUGGAGAAACUCCGCUUCCAGUUAGACAUGCAGGCAGUGAGAUGACCUACAAGAAAAGCUAUGAAAGCUGCUCUACAAUGUGGUUAAAGAUACCCAACCUGUGUCAGCUGACAUUUGUUCUGCUGUGUAAAAAAAAAUGAUGUUAAUUUUUCUUUUCCUGGUCUUAAAAAGUCUUAUUAAAAUAAGUGCAGCAGCUUUGAUCGCUGAGUAAAAGAAAACAAAGAAGAAUAGUCAGGUUAAGUGUGCGCACAGAGACUCAGACUCAACCCUCUCACCUUCCUCUCUGUGUGAUCUCUCACAGGUUGAUCGAGUCCAGCCUCGGCAGCGUCGCCACCAAACUCAACUUCUUCAUCCACAAUCUGGCUCAGAUGAAGUUUGCCUCGUCAGAGGAUCGUCCCACGCUGUCGUUCGCACCCAGACUGCACACGGCGAAGAGCGAUGGCCUCAUCAGGAACCUGUACAUCUGCAGACACAUCCGCACCUCCAACCCCAGCAAAGGAUACGUGAGUACAGCUCCACACAUGAAGGCGCACUGCGCACAUUAUUUCUUCAACCUUUUUUAUGAGUGACAAAAUGAUUUUAACAGAUUAAAUCAACAGAACAUGUGGGGAAACAGCUCCGUGCGCCAAUGUUUGAGUUUCACAGGUGCCAAUGGGGAUUGUUUUUUUUUUUGUCAGGCGUUCGUGGUGAAGGUGGAGCGAGAGGGUCAGCAGGAGGUUCAGCUGGUUCAGAGAACAUUUGAAGAGUUUCAUGAACUUCACAGCAAACUCAGACUCAUCUUCCCCUCAUCUAAACUACCCAGGUACACACACUCACUCACAACAGAAUCACAGCUGCGUGUACCUGAUCACAAACUGUUCUUAAAAAUAAGGAUAAAAAUCAAGUAAAGCGGUUAUCUUAUUUGCUCUUUGUCCCUCCCAGUUUCCCAAGCCGCUUUGUGAUUGGCCGGUCCCGUGGCGAGGCGACAGCUGACAAGAGGAAGGACGAGCUGAAUGGUUACGUCUGGCAUCUCAUCCAUGCUGCCCCUGAGGUUGCUCAGGUAAGUCAUUCACGCUCAGACACGAAGAUAAAAGUGAGCUGUUUCUCUUAUUUUUUCAUUUGAAGCUCCUCUGAGGAUUUUCUAUGACAUUGUGAAAGAGACUGAACUUCACAUUGACCGCCCUUUAUGACACACAAAAGCAGAAAAAAAAAAGUGUCAAAAUUAAUCAUGAAUAUGCUGUAAUCAGAAAUGCCUGAAGCUAUUGGAGGGGGGCGGUGUCAGUAGGCUGCUCAAGAAACACUUCCCACCUCAAAUAUUCACAAAAAAAGAUAAAUAAUGUAAGACGAAGCUAAUAACUCACUGCACAAAGGUGAGUGAUCAUCAUUACUGGCUGCUACAGAAAAUACUUGAACAACACAACACCUUUAGCACAUAUGAAAAAGUUUUCCAAAUGAAUACAUGAAAGAUCUUUUGAACGUAUUCAAACAACUGUGGUGCACAGAGAUGAUAUUUACUGCAGUUUGCAUGUGCUUUGUGAAUUACACCAUGUGCUUUUGGCUCAUUUGUGAAUGUUUAAUGAGUACAAAGCUAAGCUGUGUUUUUUCUAACAAAAAAUCAGGCCCUCCUUGUGUAUUGAUGCACAGUCAGUUUAGAAAUAUGGCUUGGCUUGAAUAAUUGGAUUUACACUAUGAAGGUCUGUUCUCAUUUAGUUUCCUUCGUGUAAGAAAUAUCGCAAAGUUUAUUUGAUUUCAAUAUUGAUUAGGACUUUCCCUUUUCCACUAUCAUAAAAUUAUGGAAAUCGGGUCUAAACGGUAUUGUGUUUCUGCUAAAGUUAAAGGUGGACCAUGUUGGAAAAGCAGUACAAACUAUCAGGCAGCUACAGGUGGAGAAAGAAGAGCAGGGAUCAGAGCUGGAGGAUGAGCAAAUGAAGCAUUAUUACAUGGUCCCUUUCAGUAGUAGUACAUGUAACUUCAUGUCAUCCAAUUUGACUGACAGACAUGCUUUAGAAAAUAAAGAGGCUAUACAGUUAUUUUUUUUAGUUUUGAAGUCUGUGUAAAUUAAAGUAACUGUCGUGUUUGCCAUAAUUGAGCAGCCCAACAUUUUGCCACAUGAACUCUUGACAGCUUUUAGAUCAUUUCAGGACGUUCAGUCGCUGAGCUGCGUAUGUGUUCUAUACAUGGUGUAACUGCAGCUGCUGUUUUGGUCAGUAUCAGUGUUCAUGUAUUGUGUUUCAGUUUCUGAAGUUUCAUUUUAACUCAGCCGUUUCUUGGAAACGUUCUCAGAGGGAGGAAACGUAUCAGAACACGCACACACACACACACACACACACACACACACACACACACACACACACACACACACACACACACACACACACACACACACACAAGGGUGUGGAUGGCUGCUGUAUCAGGUCUUUCCAGUUUUAGAAAUUUGGCAUGUUGAAGGACGUCUGCUCUCAGCAGGUCACAGCUCACUCACACUGAACUUCAUAUCAUUUCACAUGUUAUGUCAUCAGAAAAUACUGUUUUAUUAAUAUCUCUAUUAUUAUUUUUAGAUAUCUGCACAUGUUUUCAAGUAAAGCACGUUCAGCUUCUGUCAUCUGAGAGCAGCUUUAUUUAGAUCCCUACAUUAUUCUGCAGACACUCCCCGUCUGCGAGUCCAGAGUCUCUGAAAUAAUAAGCUUUAUUGACUUCCUUUAACACAUGAACUUCCUCAUAUGUCAGGAUAAACUGAGUCAUUAAAGGUUCAAAGGAUUUAUGAGCUGACGUGUCAGGCAGGGUGGUUUUGUUCUUGAAAUGAUCAAAUAAACAAAAUUUGACUGAAUGCAUGAAAAAUAAAUGAAACUUUUAACUUGGACUUGAUGAAUUUUGUGUGUUUUUGCAGUCUGACCUCGUCUACUCCUUCUUCCACCCACUGCCCCGAGAUGAGAGACCAGGAACUACACCCAGCAAACCAGCAGGUACACACACACACACACACACACACACACACACACACACACACACACACACACACACACACACACACACACACACACACACACACAGUAGUCUAAUUUUAGAGGUCAGAGUCAACUUGACUCAACAUGGACAUUAAUCAGAGUCAGUGUAAAGGUCUAGGGGUGUCCAGGGGUCAACUGUUAAUUCAUCAUAAAUAAUUCUGUUACCACUUAAAACUAUAAAAUAUGAAAUGUAUUUAAAAUAGAAGAAAAUGAUGAAUGUCCAUGUAAAGGCUUCAGUCAAAUUAAUAACAGAUGAUGAGGUUUUAGGGUUCAAAGUUACUUCAUUAUAACUGUCGGUAAGUUAAGUUAACAGAGUCAACAGGCAACAAAUCAAACAGAGUAGAACAGGACAUGAUGAAAUGACCACAGUGCUCAGAACAAGCAGCAGGUUCUCUGCCUAAAAACUGAUUUCAUCACAAAAUCUCUGAGCCUCAUUGCACUGCAUUAAAAUCUUGCACAUCAAAAAAAAAUCUGCUCAGACGGGUUUAAACAGGUCAGUAUAUUAUUUAUCUUUACUUUGUCUUUAAAGCAGAGAUGAUGGACUCAGCGUCUUUAAAACUCCAAUAAACUCUGUAAAUCUUCAGAUGGAGAGUUUUUUUUAGCUCCAUCUGACACCUCACAGCCUGUUAAAGUUUAACACCUAACCCCAAACCCUGCACUGGUACACGCACACCUGUUCCACACACACACCUACACACACACAUGACCAGUCCGGUUCAAAGUCCAGUGUGUGUUCCAGUGUCAGUGUCAGAACAGUGUGCAUGUGUGUGUGGCUCACACGCACACGUGCACACACACACAUGCACACAUAUAUACAGGAUUUUUGAAUAAGUUUAAAAAAAAAGGUUUAUAAAAAUAAAAACAAUAUUAAAUAAAUUGAUUGAUUGAUUGAUUGAUUGAUUGAUUGAUUAAUUAAAAAUAUAAAUAAUUAAAAAAAUAAAUCCGUAAAAAAGAAGAAUAGAAAUCAAUUUAAAACUAAAGAAUUAAAUAGAAUAGAUUUUUCAAAAUACAUAGUAUAAAUGAAAAAAGAUGAAUGAAUGAAUAAAACAAUAUGAAUGAAAUACAACGAAUUUUAAAAAAAAUACAUAAAAUAAAAUAAAAUAAAGCAAGUAAUUAAUAAAAAAUAAAUAUAAAAAGAUAAUUACAUUAAUGAAAUCAAAUAAACUAAAUAGAAAUAACUAAAAAAAUAUAGAAAUAAUAAAUAAAUAAUAAACAAAAUAAAAACACCAUUAAUGCAUGUAUACAUUACAUAUUAUAUUAUAUCAGAUCAAGUAAAUUGAUUUAGGUAGAAUGAGAUAUAAAAUAAGUUAAAUAUAAUAUACUUGUUAAACAACAUGACUUUAAAUAACAGCAAAACAAAAGAAAUUGAAUUGAAAUUUAAAAUAACCGAAUGAUUUAGUAAUAUAGAAUUGAAUAAAGAAUUAAAAUGAUACAUUGAAGUGAAAUGAGAUACACUUAAAUCAGUAAAUAAAAUAAAUAUGUUAAACAGCAUAGAAUAAAUGGAAAUAGAUUCGGAAAACAUAAGAUCAAAGAUUUAGCUAAACAAGCCUUCUUGUUGUUUUUAUUUUUUUGUGUUUGUGUUUGUGUGUUUGUUGCAGAGGUGACAUGGUCUCCAGCCUCAGGGAAAGAGCUUGGUGAGGUCAAACUGUCCAUUUCCUACAAGAACGACAAACUCUUCAUCAUGGUCAUGCACAUACGAGGACUAGUAAGUCUCUGUAUUAGUGUACACUUGUGUGCGCGUGUUUUGUGUUUGUGUUCAGUCAGUCCACUCUUUGUUACAAGGUUGCUAUUGUUGAGGAAAAUUGACCUAUUUACAUAAACUAGAUCUAAAAGUCCACCAAAUUAGGAAAAAGAAAAACAGUAACUGGCAGUAAAACCAACUUUUGUGUGUUUUUUCAUCCAUGCAGCAGCCCCUGCAGGACGGCACAGACCCCGACCCCUAUGUGAAGUUGUACCUCCUCCCAGACCCCCAAAAGACCAGCAAGAGGAAGACCAAAGCGGCACGACGCACCUGUAACCCCACCUACAAUGAGAUGGUACUAAAUGCACCUCCCUAUCAGCCAAUCAGAGGGGAAUGAUUGACUCCCCCUGCACACCACUCUCACCUGAAGGAGACCUUUAUUCUGUCAGUCUUGGUAUUCCUAAAGAGAAGUUCCACAUGAUUUAGAUACAUGGGAUACAACAUUAAAGGAGAAGCUAGGUCGGAGGAGGGUUGCAAAGUGGUUUAUAGAGGAAGUAGACAGGCUGACGUAGUUUAAAUAGAAUGUCCAUUUUACAUUGUGCAUUUGAAUCUGCAUAAGUUAAUCAGCUGAGCUGUCUGCUGAUAGCAGCUGGCUUUAAAAUUUGCUGACUAACUGUGGGUGGAGCUUGGCUUUGUGGCCUGCCCGAGCUAACAGUAUGUUCAAUUUUUGGUGUGAAAAUGCUCUUACAUUUUCAGUAACAACUCUUAGCUAGUUCUUUCUUUUUUCAUCUGUAAUUUAAGGUGGUUGUAUUCAGACUCUCUGCUGAUUGUUUGUUUGGACAGGAGUGUGGGUAGAAGUGUGCUAUUUGGCACUCACCUGUGCAAAUGUUCACAUGGACACGCAUGAUAAGACAAAGUGUAGCCUCAGCCAGUCUCAGUCAGGCUUGGUACACGCAGUCAAAGAGUUGGUUGUGGCCAAGUCUGACAUAAGAGAUAAGACCCGCUCAGUUUAGGCCCAGCUGGUGUGCUCAGUCAGUAUUCAUUUUAAAUAUGAGGUGAAAACCUCUUUAUCCAAGACUUUAAUUGUGAAAAUACACCAGUGGUGAUAAUGAGAACUCUGACUAAUUUCUGGUGGUACGUUAUCUUACUUUGAGAAGUUCAAAUUAGUUUGAUUUAAUUCAUUCUUAUGUGCCAACAUGUAUCUAAGAGUCUAGGCUCUGUCGAUCUGUUGUGAUAAAUCCACAUUUUUGAGCAGCAUCUUGUUGAGUUCGUAUGUCCGGAGUAAAACGUCAUCAGAAAACCUUUGUCUUUUUGCUAAUCCUUCCUAUAUAUCAGCCAUGAUGAGAAAACUUAAACUCUUCCUGCUUACCAAACUACUUUUCAUAGACAACAUUAACCAGUGUAUGGUUAAUUAGCUAAUUUUACUCAUCAGUGUAAGAGUCAGACUAUGUCACUGUAAUUUAGACUGCUUAUCUUUUAUAUGUUGUCUUUAUUUCUCUGUCUUCAUUGUCUGUUUACAUUUGGUUCUUUCAUUCAUUUCUCUCUUUCAUUUUUUCCCUCCCCGCAGCUGGUGUAUGAGCGGAUCCCUCGAGGGGACCUGGACCAGAGGGUGAUCCACCUUAGGGUUCUUGGUGACGGGGCAUUCUGGGAGAACACAUUGCUGGGAGAGACCUUCAUCCCCCUGAAACGGCUGGUCCCAGGUCAGCACUGGGUGGACUGGCACAAGCUUGGCGCCGCCAGCUCAGACUCCGCCCACUGA